GUUUCUAUGAGUAACCUCACUUGAUAAACAGGGGGAUGAAGUAGGACUCUCGAUAGCCACUUGUUGCGGCGACUGCUGUGUGCAUAUAUAUAGAGAGGUCAUGCGUGAUGCUUUGACUGUAGUGUUGAUCACAGACUACAGGACGCAGUGUGCUUUUGAGCGAAGUGCAUCCCAUCUAGGAACUCAACGUGCACGGGGAAAGGUAGGACCUUGGGUUCUUGAUUAUCUUUAUAUAUUUCUUUUGGGGGGGGAAUUGGUUGAAAUUGGCACUUAAAUCAUGCUUACUUUGGAGCGAUCUCAGAGAAGAUCCUUUACUGCCUAUUUAGGAAUGCUCUAAUUGUAUGUGCAAUGCAAACAGCAAUGCUAUAAAAUGGCAGCAUGUAGAUGUUGGCUUCCAAAUGCAUCUACACAACAGUGAAUGGUGUGAUAUAUGAAGACGGUCUGCUCAGUUUUUCUUUGAAAGUGAAAAGCAAACAGAACCAUCAUGCAGAUAGUUUACAGUACACUUGAGAAGGAAGCAGACAGAAUUGCUACCCAAUGAAAUAAAAGGAAAUGAAUUAUAUUAUAUUAUAUACAUUAUAUAUAUUAUACACAUUAUAUUUAUUAGGAAGGAUCUCUUGCUUGUUUAUACUUCUCAUUAGAAAUGGCUGAAUCUGAAAUAGGAAAAAGUGAGUUGCUGAUGAUGCCCAAGGCGCAUAUUUGUAAUUAUAUCAGAUGAAAUUAGUAAAGCUGAUAGGGGAAAAAACCCUGCUUAAAAAUGCCCCAGAUACUGAUGUUUCAGAAGUGUUCCUGGAGUUCCUAAAAGCGAUCCAGGCUAGGCAGAACAUACUCAAAUGCAGACAAUGUAUUGUUGACUUUAGUGAUGUUGAAGUUGAAACAGGAUUCAUUUAUUACAAAAACAGCCACUCUCUCCUAAGUCUCCUUAGAAUCCUGCAUAAUAACCCUUGAAGGAUAGGUGGACGUCUUAUGUAAUAAUAGAAUCAAGUUAGCCUUUAAGUGGUUUAUUUUUCCAUUUCAGCUUUUGAAAUGCAGAUAUGAAAUGGUUCAAAUGGUUCAAAAUGUAGCUUUUGAAAGGAUUCAAAAGAAAACAAAUAAGACUUUGGCAUUCACCAGCGGUAGGAAACAGUGAAAGAUGCUAGUAAAUCUAAUGUCUUAAGGGGCGUGCUACAUACAAAAGUAAAAUGAAACAAAUGGAUCGCAACAUUUUUGUUUUAAGCAAAGCAGCUUUCUAAAAUGUAAACUAUUGUAGGAGAUUUCCUCUAUGCAAAGAAAGACAGAAUAAUAUUUGCAAUGUUAAGAACCCUGCCCUGUUAUAAUUUAGACUAAAGUUUUAACUUCAGAUAUUCAUAUUUGUUCAUGUACUAGACGUACCAAUAGUUCUAGUGAUGGUUGCCAUAAGAACCUGGAAUACUUUUAAUACAUGUUCUUUGAUAAAUCACUCAUCUCAUUUGCCUUGCCUCACAAUCUAUGGAAGUAGGGGAGAAGAUUCUGAUUAAUCAACAUAUAUUAUAUUAAUCAACAUAUUGCUUGUAAAACAACUUCUUUGUGACUGAGUUUUCCUUGCUCUUCUUUGCAACAUUUUAAUAUUCCUCCUGACAGCUGAAUGUGCAUCUCAAGCUUAACCAGCAAGUCUGAACGUCGGCUGGAUUAAAAUAAAUAUAUUUAAAAGUAAAAUGAGUUAUUAUAAAUAAUAUGACUAGGCAUGUUUAAGAUAUUGCAGGUCUGAAAAGUCAAGGCAGAGGCACUAACCUUUGAUGACUUUGACCUUCACAGUUCAAACAGAAGCAUGUUAGUUUACAACACUACAAAUAAUUCAUUUGUGAUUAUUUUGCAAUCCUAGAACAGUAUUUUAAAGGAUUUGCUUUGCUUUGCCAUUUGCCUUUGUAUGUUUCAUCGCUUUUUGAAAUAAACACAUAUAAAAUGAAAUAUAAUCAUUCUUGAGUUUUUCACCCACUUUGACUAUUUAAUACUUCUUAAUAACCUAGGCAUAGUAUUUACUCUGGGUUAAAAUUUUAUGGAGCCUUCCAAUACAAAUGUCUCAUUUUCAAGCAUCUCAUUGAUUUUCUUAUCAUGCUCUUAUCUGUCCAAACUCAACUGAAAUAUUAGGCUUUAAGAUGAUUUACACAUCAGUUAUAAAAUAUGUUGUAAGUAAAUGCCAAUAUUUUAAUAGAAUGUACUUCUGUUUUGGAUGAUACCCUAAGCACAUUUUUGGAAGCAAUCUCAUUUAAAUAAAAACAGAGACUAAGGCUGCAAUUCUAACCCUGCUAAACUGGGAGUAAGCCUCAUUGAAUUCCAUAGGACUUAGUUAAGAGAAGAUGAGGUUAGGAUUGUGCAGCUAUUUCUAGAUUAUGUAGAUGACAGUCCCAUUAAUCUUAAUCCUAAAAACAUUGACCGUGAUCGAACGUAUGUACCAAUAAUUUGCUAAUAGAACUUUCUAAUUCUAAACUGAAGGUCCAUUAUAACCCCCAUUUAAAUUAAAGCUCCCACCAUAUCCUGCAGGAUUUUCUCCUUGAGAAUGCUUCCUACCAUCCAGUUUGGGACUCCUGCCCUUUCAGUCAUUUUAAUAUUCAUGCUAUAGAUCGCUGAAUAGUAGCCAAUGUUUCCCUUCUGUUCUUAAAUAGCUGGAUAUAGAUUUUGCACAAGCAGUUUGCAGCUGCACAGAAGAAUGUUUGCAGAUAAUAGUACAGUAACCCUUUCCCUGAAUGCAUUCAUUAUUAGUUUGUUACUAUCAACUGUUUCUAUGGUGCUUACUUUGAUAUAAGGAUAUUAAGGAUGGGCAUUCCAGGUCCAAACACAUUUACAUGGAAGUAAGGCCAAGAGGUUUGGGGGAGGUCCCCCUCACCCCAAAUUGUACUUAAUAAUAAUAAUAAUAAAUUUUAUUUAUAUCCCGCCCUCCCCAGCCAAAGCCAGGCUCAGGGCGGCUAACAACAAUCAAAUAAUCAAACAAUCAAAUAAUCCAACAUUCUAAAACAUUUCAUUAUAAAAAUUAAUUAAAAUCAAAUUAAUGGCAACCGUUAAGCAAAGUUCUGUGCAGGUUGCUAGAGGAGGGAGUCAGGCUGGGCCCUGACCAAAGGCCUGGUGGAACAGCUCUGUCUUGCAGGCCUUGCGGAAAGAUGUCAAGUCCCGCAGGCCCCUGGUCUCUUGUGACAGAGUGUUCCACCAGAUCGGAGCCACAGCCGAAAAAGCCCUGGCUCUAGUUGAGGCCAGCCUAACCUCUCUGAGGCCUGGGACCUUCAAUACGUUUUUAUUUGCAGACCGUAGGUUCCUCUGGGGCAUUCCUGUGGGGCAUACCAGGAGAGGCGGUCCCGUAGGUACGAGGGUCCUAGGCCGUAUAGGGCUUUAAAGGUUAAAACCAGCACCUUAAACCUGAUCCUGUACUUGAUACUUUUAUGAUCUAAAACACGCUAACACCUGAUCUUAUGCACAUUUACAAUGUGUUCUGCUGUGUUCAGAGUAGACUCGUUGAAAUUAAUGAACCCACUGUUUGUGUCCAUUAACAUCAAUGGGUCUACUCUGUGUAGCACUAACUUUGAAUACCACUCUGUUGUUCCGCAGAGCAUAUUCCUAGGUAAGUGUACAUAGACAGGAUUACCACUUCAAUGGUUUGUGCAGUUUACCUGGAUCUUGUUAUCUGUGACUUGUAUCCUUCCAUUCCCCCAGCUGUACAAGAGCCCCAACUUUACUUGUAACUGGGUUUUCAGGGGGUUCAUAGCACCUCUCAAACACCUGCAGAUAUUUUUUUAAAGCCCUACUCCAGAAAGCGCUAAGGACAAAGGGAACUGCCUUGUACCAAGAUGGACCACUGAUCCAUUGAGCGCAGGAUUGCCCACUCUGGGCUUUCAGAGAAGGGUCAUUUGCCAGCCCUCUCUGGAGAUACCAGGGAUUAGACCUAGGACCUUCUGCAUUGCUCUACCACCGAGCUAUGGCCCUUUCUGAGCCCCCCGUGAUUUGAAAGUGUUUCUGUCACCUCCGCUGUAAAGUUUUCAUGAGACACCUGCUGCUUGGACCCACUUUGGAACAGUUCUUGCAGGAGGUGGUGGUGGUGUUUUUUGUUUUAGUUUAACAAAUAGUGAGCAUGAUGUAGUCCCAUAGUAUGAGGCUGCCAUUUCUCCUUUAGCAAUACAACACUGUAUGUCUAGAGACAAUGGAUAAAACAAACACCAGUAGAUGUUUAAUGGUUAAUGUAUUUGUAUUUCUUUAGAAACUAAUUAAAAAUUGCUUAAAAUAAAUAAAGAGAUGAAAAGUUUUUUUAAAAAAAGAACAUGGGGGGUGGGUUGUCUUCCUUCCACCACCAUAAUAUAUUUUUCCUUCUUUUUAAAAAAAGAAACAAGUAAGCUCCCCCCCCCCCAGGCAAUUUCAAUUCCUUAUUGCAAUAUCACAUUCCGCUUUCUAACAUUAUAAUAAGAUUGGCACUGAGACUGCAAAGCACUAAGAAGGAAGAUGCCUCUGUCUUUCUGCAGGGCAUCUGUGGGGCGAAUCGUUGCCUAUAUUGAUCCUCCAUAAAUUUAAGUGCAGUCCCUGACAUCGAGACUAGUGGUCAUCACCACAUCUUCUUUUCUCUCUUCUGAAUCUUCUACCAACCAUCUUCAUUGCAUGACUCUCGGGAAAGGAAGGGGGGAAGUGGUAUCCACACCGUGGGUUGUUUUAUAAAUCUGUAUCAUGUCAGCUCACCCUCACCCUCCCCCCCCCCAAACUAUGAGGACUCAACACUUGACCUUUUCUUAUAGGCAAGCUCCUUCAAACUCGUGAUGAUUUUGAUUGCUUUUUUAUUCUUUUUCUAGCUCUACUGUUUCAUAUUUGAGAUGUGGUGAUCAUAACUAAACACCAGAUGCCAGUUGCAGCCACAGCAUAGAUGUAUAAAAAUGCAUUAUGAUGCUGCCUGGUCUAUUUUCAGUUUCUUUCUUCCUAAUCCCAAGCAUGGAAUUUACCUUCCUCACUACUGCCACACACUAACCAUGUUUUCACUGAGCUGCUAACCUACCACAAUCCCAAGCUCUCUUUCCUGGUCAAUCACUGCCAUCAUUAAAUAUGUGAAAUUAGGAUUUGUUUAUUUUUGCCCCACUUAACACAUAUUUACACCAAACCACAUUUGCUAUUUUGUUGUGCAUCCUCCUUUCAUCAAAAGAUCCUUUGAAUCUCUUAUGGAACUCAUCUGAUUGCAUGUCUUACAACAACUUCAGUGUGCUUUUUAUUAAAUAUAUGUGGUUGUAUGCAAUGCUGCCCAUGUGUGAAAAAAAUGGAGGUCUGCUCACACUGUGGAACUUCACCUUCUUUUCAUUCUCCCUAGAGCCCCCUGCACACACUCAACAUCUACCCCUGAGGGUUGGGCGGGGGGCUCUAAAGUAAAUUUGGGGGGCAUGCAGGGGAAAAGAAAGUGACAAUCUAGUGUGUGAACAUAAAUCUGUUCAUUCAACUUAUUCUUCUAGAUCAGAACAAAAGGCCAUCUAGGCAAAGGCAUCCUGUUCUCACAGUGGCCAAUCAUGCCUAUGGAAAGUUCAAUGGCACUUUCCUCAUCUGGAUCCAGCCCCUGGACCAUUGCCGGACCAGGCAUCAGACUUCCCAUACCCCAACCAGUAUAAUAAGAGACCAAUAAGACUGGGUUUGGGGUCAAAACAGGCCACAACUUUAUAGAAUACAGAUGAAAGAGGUUUGGCUUGGGCAUGGGGCAAUCUAAAUACUUCUGGUCUGCUCACCGAAAGUGACGCGUUGUCAAUCCAGGUGGGGGUUCCUAGACUUACAUCCAAUAGGAUGACCCCUGCAGGGACCACCGUCUGGGGGAGUGCCUUCGGCCCUGGCCCUGCCAGGGCACACAGACAUGGCCACUCCCCCCAUAUCCCUUUAACGGGAUACGCCAGCUUUUGGAGGGGCAGGCGGAGACUACAACCUCCCGUCCAUCCAAAACAAAGGAUUGCCCCAAUGCUCAACCAGCUGUGAUGAUUGCUAUGAGGUAGGCAAAACCACUGGUUCAGUGCCAAUUAGCCCAGUGGGCAAAUUCCUAUUCCUACCCAGCCCCUUAAAGGACGGUGACCACCGUAGCCACAGCAAAGGCAUUGACUAUCAGCUUAAACCGAGGGUGGGUAGGCAGGGAAACCCGGCACAGGAACAAACAGGCUGAGACCCCAGGUGCUGGCUGCUUAAAUGGGCAAGGGGCGAAUCCGAGAGAAGUCCACCGUUGGCUCCAUUGGCUCCACGCCCAGCACAGCCCAAUUCCCAUUUGCCAAAGCAGGGUGCAGGUAGGAUCCAGUUCCUGAUAGGGAGGGGACUACAGUUUGAAAUCCCGCGUCGGGGCCCCACUGAAGCCUCCUCCGUCCCACAAUGCCACCGCACGAAAAGGGGUGAGCGGGCUUAUAAAAAAUGUUGAUAUAUUUCAGGCAAUUUGUUUAAGGCAUGUGCUUUUAAGAUGUGCAUGUCCUUAUUUGACCUAUCUUGACCAAGCUCCGAAAAAAUUCAGUAGAUCAGCACUGUACACAAGCACAAUGCAGUCUUUGCUAAAUCAUUGCUCAGAUGAUACAAACUUCCUCUGUAAUAAGUUUAGGCUUAUCAGUGAUUUUCAGCCUUUGGCCUUGAAAUAAAAUUCUGCCCAUAUAUUGUUUUGCAUUUACUAGUUGGCACCAACCCUGACAAGAGUCAAUGGAAGUGGCAUUAGAUUUUCUAGCUUAUUUUUAUUUUAUUUUAUUUUGCAUGUCUAGCUCAGCAUAUAUUGCUUUGACUAUGGACUAUCUAUUAUAGCCCUUCAAACAUCUUUCAUUGUGAAUUAUUACUAGCACAGAGGAGGAUGGGACAAUCUGUCAAAUUCCUGUUUCUCGUUUUUCCAGUCUCCACAUUUCCACAUCUGAUUGCAAUUUUUUAAAUGUCCUCAUAAAAAUUAGUAAUAGUUUCCCUUUACAUAUUUUGUGUGCAAUUUUACCUAAUAUUCACUUGUUCACAAGCAAUUUUCCCCAAUAUAAUGCAGUUUUGGAUUUUAUUACACUAAUAUUUGAGCUUUUAUGCUUUUAUAGGUUUACCUUUAAAUGUGAACUGAACCAAAUUUUUCUACCGUGUGUCUCUAACCUAUGAGUCCUACUGUUGCGACCUCGUUUGGGGUUUUAAAGCAUCUCCCUUUUAUAAAUUAUUGGUAGUGGGGACUUUGAGGAUAAAUAAAGUUCAUGCAUUAUGCUAGAAAUAUGAGGUAGGGUGUGCUUUUGUUGCCUAGUCAACAAGAGGUCACUUGCCGUGCUCUGCUAGAAAUUACAACACUGUACAGGAAGAAAGGGGAAUGUCUCUUUCUGAUUCACCAGGAAAAGCAAGGAUACUUUCUUCUCUUCCUGCACUAUAAUGCAUGUAAGUCACAGCCCAGAGGUGGAAGUGAGGAAGUGUCUUGACAACUGGGCAACUUUCUGUCUCUUCCUUCUGUACACCGCAGCCUGUGUAUCCCUGCAACACAGUUCAGAAAGAAAGGGAGAUUACUGCCAGGGUGCAGUGAACCCCAUCUAGCCAUAGCAGAAAAACCAAGAACCACCGAUAACAUUCUUGGAUUUAAAUUCGGCCACAACUUUAUUGAUUGCAGAUGUAAAUGAGUUUUGGCUUGGCGCUGGGUAGCUACCAUCUCCUCCAGCUUACCUGCUGGAGGGAUAUCAGGGUUCAAGACUGAUUUGGGGUUCACCUAUGACAUACAUCAAAUAGGUGCAAUUCCCACAGACUUGCCACGUUGGAGAGUGCUAUGGUCCUCAGCCCUUGCCUGGAUGUAUAGACAGAAGCACCUCCCCAUGGAUCCCUUUAACGGGGUUCCCCACCACCAAGGAGGUAGAAGCAGAGGUUUUACAAUUUCCCCUCUGCCAAAGACUAGGAAUUUACCCAAUGCCAUAUCCGCUCAUGUUGUGAUGAUUGCUGUGAGGUAGGCGAAACCCUCAAAACAGGCCAGUUCUUCUGAUGAGAAAUUUUCCUCCCUAACCCCACAUACGGCAACCAUAAGAACCAUAGCAAGGUCUAUCAAAUACCACACAAUUGCACAACAGAACAGUGAAAACCAUGAAAAUAUGGGUGGGAGGGAGGGAGAUCUGCAGGCAACUGUGGUCUCAGGUGAAGCCCAGACCAGUUUUUAUACCCAGGGAGUGGACCUGGGUGAAGACUCCACCAGGAAGUCUGCCUCAGGUCCACCCCCAUUGCCACUCCCCCAAGCCCAGCUAUGAUUGGGCCAAAUUGCAGGUGGGCAAAUUUGCUAGGAGAGACAGGAGAGCCAUCUCUCAGUGGCUGUUGGAGCCAGAGACUGGGAGCCAGGACAAAGAAGAUGGGGAGAGGGGCUAUGUUAGGCUGCAAAAACCACAUCACAUCUGAAGAGAUGAGUGGAUAUUCAGCUUGAGGUCUAAGCAGCUGGGUGACUCAUCCUGCCCACCCUGCACUGUGCCACAACUUUGCUUCUUAUAUGGUUGUAAAGUUUGCAAACAAUCACAGAAGACAUGAAUUAAUUGCAUAUGUGAAGUUUAUAUGAGGGUAUUUUGAACACCACAAACCCCUUUUCAGUAGUGGAGCUUCAUGCUCUGGCACUGGGGGGGGGGAGAGCAGGUGGGGGCGGGGUGUGGUGUGUGUACUGGGGGCAUGCCACCUGCAGGGACGGGGCACCUAGUGCAGGCAGGGGGGCAGCCACGAUGGAACCCCACUGGGAUCAAGCUGCUGGGGGCGGUGCGCUCCCCCCGCACUCUUCUUCCUCCGCCAGUGCCCGCUUUCAUUCUAAAGUCUUCACUUGGUGAUGCUUUGACUCAGCACAAAUUCUUAUUGUAAGAACUAAUUCUUACUAUGAGUGAUUGCUUAAAAUGCCCCACAUACUUUGCUUACCAUGACACUAUGCAUUCUUUUCCAAGAUGCAAUGUGCAAUAAUGAGUGCUCACACCUUUCUUUGUGGGCGCCCUUUGCAGGACCACAUGCGGCACCUCUGGCCACAUAGGACUUGUUAUGUACUGAAGCUCUCACCCUGGGCCAGCAGGGGGAUACUGUAGAUAGUUAUGCAAAGGAAGGAUCGAAAAGUGACGUUCAGUGAUUGGAUAGUUUUGUAUGCAAAUGAAGGAUCGAAAAGUGACGUUCAGUGAUUGGAUAGUUUUAGAAAAUGGCAACAGUUACAUUGUUCUGGAGCUCUAUAUAAGCAGGCUGACUGAGCUCCUCAGUUAGUUCUGUUCCAGCUUACAAAAUAAAGAGCUGCUUUGGAGAAAUUGCUGUGUUGUCUGCUAUGUCAACCCACAACUUAACAGGACUCACCAGCUGGUUGGGCUGGCCCACCUCCUUCUCAUAGUCAUUGGGGGUUCCCACCGAACCCCAGUUAACCUAUCAGCACCUUUGGGAGGUGUGGCCAGUUGCAUAAAUAGGAGGCGGAGCUGGCAGCAAGCAUGCGGUUGGCUCCGGAGCUUCACCUACCCAACUCUUCCUUUGUCUAUUGCUUGUUUGCAGGUUAACCAUUUUUUCUUCCUGUUCAGUGGGCGCUGCUACGGACUUUUGAUGGUUGCUGUUGAAGAACCCGGAAGGAAUUUCCCUACAUUGGCAGGUUUUGCCUUCCCCAUAGCAAUUCGUCACAACUUUGGCAGUUUGAGGCCUUGGUGGAAUCCUUUAGUCUAUCUUCUGUAUAUAGGGGGAGGCAUGAAGUAGUGACUCACCCCGCCCCCCGCAGUGGCGAUUCCAGGGUCCCCUCUUCAAGGGGUUUGUAAAUAGGAAGUCACUGGCCACACACUGAAAGGUUGUCAGUGAACUCCCCUGCGUUGCGGGGAUAUGGGGUGGGCUGCCUGCGUACACAAGUGUCUUGCAGCGCACCCUCCCAUAUCCCAUUCACCCUGAGGAGCCCCCGUUCCCCAGCUGCAGGCUGGGAGGGAUACGUGCCCAAUGCCUAAGCCAAGGUCUUCCUACAUCUGAAAGGUUUAAUAAAGUUGUGGCCAAUUUUUAAUUCCAUAACACAUUGUCACGAGUCAUUAUUCCUUCUGGUGGUCUCUUGGGGUCAGGGGGUCUCCGCCUGGGCACGCAAAGAAGAAAUUCACCCCUUGCACAAGAGGGUGCAUAUUUUUAAAGAUGUAAUUUGCUUGGUGUGAACCACAAUACACAUUGUGCCAUUCCCAAACUACAGAGUUUGAGUGCAAACACUGUAACUCUAGACAAAUAUUUGCCAUGGCAGCACACAGCCUCAUAGGUAAAACAUCUCUUGCCUUGGUAGGAACUCUCCCCUGCAAGCAAAACCUUUUCUGUGCACACAGCAGGAAAACUGUUUGUGCACCUGUGCACAGAGCCUUUCCCAUAACAGAAGUUAGCAGAAAACUCACCAUGCGUGCUCUGGAUUGUGUCCAACAAGAACAAUUCAAAGAAAGGGGUGCCAAAGUCUCACUGGGAUCGAUAGGAACUCAGCAGACAAUAAAGUCUUUGCAUUCCAUUUCUUCCAGUGACACUCCAGAAUACCUAACUUUCUAUUAAUCAUCCCUUGUCUGCUUGGAAACUUGUCCUGGUGGAAUCUGAUCUGUUUGCUGGCACAAUUAUUAUAACCCAUAAGCUUUGUAGUAAGUGGAAAGUCAGUAAUAUUGUUGGAUGCUUUAUAUAUUAAGAAAAUUUUAAAAUGCCAAAACAAGCAUUCAUAAGCAUUCAUAGCUGUUUUGCCACCUGAGACAAAGCAGGAAAUGGCAACCCUCAAAAAAUCAAAGUAUAUAGCAUCCAAGGCUAAUCAAUGUAUUUUGACACCUGAAGCAGAAAAAUCCCAUAACUGCAGCAACCUGUGUCUAGCAGUUAAGUAUGGAAAGUGGUUUCAGGAAGACUGCAAGUAGGACUGAGCCCAGUGUUGCUCUGGGUCUUCUGUCCUGCUCUACCUGGAGACGCGGGUGGCGCUGUGGGUAAAAGCCUCAGCGCCUAGGGCUUGCCGAUCGAAAGGUUGGCGGUUCAAAUCCCCGCGGCGGGGUGCGCUCCCGUUGUUCGGUCCCAGUGCCUGCCAACCUAGCAGUUCGAAAGCACCCCCGGGUGCAAGUAGAUAAAUAGGGACCGCUUACUGGCGGGAAGGUAAAUGGCGUUUCCGUGCGCUGCGCUGGCUCGCCAGAUGCAGCUUGUCCCGCUGGCCACGUGACCCGGAAGUGUCUCUGGACAGCGCUGGCCCCAGCCUCUUGAGUGAGAUGGGCGCACAACCCUAGAGUCUGUCAAGACUGGCCCCUACGGGCAGGGGUACCUUUACCUUUACCUGGAGAGACCCCUGAAAACUGAGGGGGAAAUUGCAGAGCGGGAAGGGGCUGCUGGCGGGGGCCUCAUAUGGCAGCAUGUGGCUCAUGAAACUGGAAACUCCAUGCAUCCCCUAACUCCAGAAGGGGUGCAUUCAGAGAAGGAGACAAUACUAACCAAACCAUUUAUACAUAGUACUAAUCAAACAGUUUCACGUGACUUCAUAACCCUGAAAUGCAGACACUGCACAUAUUAUCACAACAAUGUAUUCUGUCAUAUCUAGUCAUGCUGACUGGAUAUAUCUUCCAAAUGCUGACUACACCACAGUCUUUCUUCAGGAUGUCAAGGUUUUGGACAACCAUAUCUUUGUGCUGUGGUACAGUCAGCAUAGGAAGAUAACAUGCAGUCAGUGUGACUAGAGAGAUAUAUUGUUGUCAUCAUUUGCACGGUGUCUGUUUUUCAGUGCUGUGAAACUACAAUUAUUUGCUUACUGUAUGUUCUGUUGGCCAUAGGCCACAUACAUAUUCUUUGUAAAGUUCUUAAAUCUUUUCAUAUCUAUGUUAUAGAAAUACAAUAUGUUCAUUUAAAAUCUUAACUUUAUGUAUUCUUUUGCAAUUUGGGGUAUUGCCACAUCCCAACUGUGUGAGGAAAGUCCUGCUUUGUUCCUUGCAUGAAUGGUAGGGUCAGCCCAAGACAUUUUGCUCUCUGAGGCAAAGGCUGAUAUGGUGCCUCCUGCCCAUUUCUCACAUCGAUGUCAGCCAGACUGACAGCUGAAUCUUACUUCAGCACUGAUGACAGAACCAGCACCACACCUGAGGGGAGAAGGCUAGCUUAGGGGGCACAGGGCAGGCUCGCCCCAGGGAGCUACAUCACUCCAACACUCAAAGGUUACAGGCUUGAAUUUCUUUCUAGGGACUGAAGCCAGAUUGUGGUAGUAGCCAAGAAUGAAAUGCUUUUCACCCGAUGCCACUCUUUUUUCUGACAGAAACUGUCUUGCCUUUAUAAAGUUGAAGUAUGUAUUUUGUAACGUGCCCCAUGGCUUAUUUCUGGAGUGGCUUUGGCACUACCAAGGAUUUGCUGGAACAAGCAAAACUAAGAGGGCUUUGAGCUAAACUGGAAGGACAGGACAGGACAGGUUGGUGGUGUGGUUCUGGGCAGCUAGCCAUCUUGCUCAACAGGUGAACAGACCUUGGUCCUCCUGACUGAGGUAUUUGCAGGGUGUGAACCUUGAAUCUGGUUUCAAUCUCACAGUGCAGCUCUGGGGCUUAUAAAGUAAUAAAAAUAAAGUGCCAACUAGACUUGUGCAGAGUAUUUUUCUUCACCUCCAGUUGACUGCAUCCACUUUUCAAUUUUUGAAUGAGAAAAGACUUGCAGCUUACAGCAGGGUUGCCAUUUUUAUUGAUCCCGUUCCUUUGUCUUUCACAGCAGCCUGGUAGGAGAAAUUAAGCAAGUGGAACUGUCUCUGUCGUUAGCUCUGCACACCAUGAAUUUUAGGCUGCUGAUGAAGGCAAAGCAGCAGAGCCAGCAACGGCACAAUAUUUAUGCAAGUGAAUUCAUGGAAAGCAAUGUUUUUCAAAUGCACAUAAACUGGAUAUAUUAUUCUGCUUUCUAACUACAUGCAGGAACAGGGAAAAUAAAACCUUGCAGAGGCUGGUGUGUGUGCGUGUGUUCUUCAGUAUAUGUGCACAGCAUAGUGGUGCAUCCGUGGAUGAGUACAAGGUUGGAUUUGUCCAUCUCUUUGUAUGAAACAUUAUAUAUUAGAUACAAAUCUUUAAGAGACGCCAGAUAUGCUAUAAGGCGAAGCGCUCUGUGCCAGUCAUCUUGUGUCGCAAUAUGCAGGGCUAAAGGGCAAGGCUGAGCACUUCAAAACCUUGCUGAUGUUUCUGAGCAUUACCACACCCUGCAUCUAGUUUAUACCAAAAAAUUGUCAGUCAUGGAGGGAGGGAGAACAUUUUGCACAGAAAGGCAAGGCAGCCCAAUCAACAUGGCAUGCAUUUCACAAGGAAGGUGGCCAUCUCUAUCCCCACUCCCAAUUUUUUUUCUCCCUUUAAGUGGCAGAAAUCCAGUUAAUGCAGCAUUCUUCCUAAAUAUUUUUGGAUCUUUUUUGGGAGGGGUGGGGGAGACUGAACUAGGUGCCUUUUUACCUGCAAUGUAUAGUCAGGAGAAAGGUUUUACUGUUUGCCAGAACUUUACUGCCUAGUCUUAUGCAUCUUUAAGGAACGAACUCUCAAAUGUAUACUAACCUGAUGCCACAAUGCAUUGCACAAAGGCUGCUUGUCCUUUCACAAAAUCCCUCCAGUGGACACCACCUCUCCUACCUUGGCAAAGUGAUAAUUGCCCGAAGCACCCAUCUCUGAAGGUCUCCUGCAUACAUGACCUGCCUGCUGCUGCCCUAGUUUCCCUCCCAUGAAUUGGAUCCCCCCACCCCCGCAAUGAGAAAUGGUCAAAUCUGUUGGUUUCACUUUCCCAUUUUCCUAAUCUCAAAUUCAUUUCUGCAAUCCAUUUGUGAUUGUUGUUUGUUCAUGGGGUGUCCAGAACACUGUCUAGUGCUGUUAUGUUGAAUGAAUUUCAGUUAGUAAGUUUUGAGGACAUGGACAAUGUGUUUGGAUCAGUUAGGACUUGCACUCUGGACCCGUACCUCUCUUGGCUGAUAAAAGCUAGCAGAGAGUGGACAGCUGGCUGGGCCAGGGAGGUGCUGAAUGCCUCUUUACAAGAGGGGGUGGUCCCUGCCUGCUUGAAGAAGGCAGUAGUAAGACCACUCCUUAAGAAGCCCCCCAUGGAUUCAGAAAAAUCUAAGGACUCAGCUGCAUUAGUCCAAAAACAGCGUUUUGAAUUUGUUAUAAACAUGCAACACCAGAUGGCACCAGAGAGAGAGAAAAAAAAUCUAUGCAAAUUUUACAUAACAUUUUUUCUUUUGUUAUAAUGAUUUAACUUCUGACUUAUUUAUAGUGGGGGUGUUUCCCCUGUGUGUAGAUCCACCCUACCAUCGACCAUAGCAUCCUACUGGCACUGCUUUGUGGUGGUUCUGGCCCUACAUGAAUGGUGAUGCUUGAAUAAUGCUCUUCAGCUCUGUGGAAUCCUCAGCAUGGGGUUCCCCAGGGUUUAAUUUCAUCCCCUAUGAUGUUUAACCGGAAACAGAGUUUGGAGGAGGUUGCUGACAACAUGCAGCUCUACUUCUCCUUUACAUCUGCAGGUGAGCCAGUGGAAGUGCUGGAUCUUUGUCUUGCCUCAGUAAUGGACUAAAUGAGAGCCAACAAACUGAAGCUCAAUCCAGAUAAGACUGAGGCUCUGUUAGUGGGUGGCUCCCUAGACCGGAUGGCUGGAAGGCUGCCUGCUCUUGAUGGGGUUACACUUCCUCUGAAGGAGUGGGUAUGUAGCUUGGGAGUACUCCUGGAUCCUUUGCUGUCACUUGAGGCUCAGGCAGCCUUGGUGGCAUGGAGUGCCUUCCAUCAGCUUCAGUUGGUGGCCCAGCUGUGCCACCAUUUGGACAGGGAUAGCCUAAGUUCUAAGGGACGCGGGUGGUGCUGUGGGUUAAACCAGAGCCUAGGACUUGCCGAUCAGAAGGUCGGCGGUUCGAAUCCCCGUGACGGUGUGAGCUCCCGUUGCUCGGUCCCUGCUCCUGCCAACCUAGCAGUUCAAAAGCAUGUCAAAGUGCAAGUAGAUAAAUAGGUACUGCUCCGGCGGGAAGGUAAACGGCGUUUCCGUGUGCUGUUCUGGUUCGCCAGAGGCAGCUUAGUCAUGCUGGCCACAUGACCCGGAAGCUGUACGCCGGCUCCCUUGGCCAAUAAAGCGAAAUGAGCGCCGCAACCCCAGAGUCGGUCACGACUGGACCUAAUGGUCAGGGGUCCUUUACCUUUAGCCUAAGUUCUGCUGUCUAUGUUCUGGUCACCUCUAGGUUAUAUUACAGUGGUACCUUGGGUUACAUACGCUUCAGGUUACAUACGCUUCAGGUUACAGACUCCACUAUCCCAGAAAUAGUACCUCGGGUUAAGAACUUUGCUUCAGGAUGAGAACAGAAAUCGUGCUCCGGUGUCGCAGCGGCAGCGGGAGGCCCCAUUAGCUAAAGUGGUGCUUCAGGUUAAGAACAGUUUCAGGUUAAGAACAGACCUCCGGAACGAAUUAAGUACUCAACCCGAGGUACCACUGUACUGCAAAGUGUUAUACAAAGUGUUACAGACUGUUUGGAAACUUCAGCUGGUGUAAGAAUUCAUUAGACAGGUUGCUCACCAGGGCAAGAUGGUUUGAGCAUAUAAUGCCAAUGACUGCAUGGGCUGCCAAUUAGUUUCCAGGCCCAAUUCAAAGUGCUGGUUUUGACCUGUAAAGUAUUAAAUGGCUCAGAACCACAAUACCUGAAGGACCGGCCCAUCUGAGGACCUUCUUUGUGUGACCCCUCCAUGAGCAGCUUAGAGGGUGGAAACAUAAGAACAGGCAUUUUCAGCAGUGGCUCCCUGUUUAUGGAAUGCUCUCCUCAGGGGGGCUUGCCUGACGCCUUCAUUACAGAUCUUUAGGUGCCCAGUGAAAACGUUUCUCUAUAACCAGGCCUUGGGCUGAAUACACAUUAUACAGUAUAGCCUUUUAAAUGUGUUUGUGGGGUGGGGGUAAUUGGUUUGUUUUUGUUUUAUUAUGUAUUUCGCGUUUUCAUUUUGUAUGUUUAUGUUGUGUGAACCACCCUGUGAUCUUUGGAAUUUAAUAAAUGAUAAAAAUGAAAAUUUAUCAGCGUUUUAGUGUUGAUUUUUUCCUAAUACAUAUCCAUUUUUGUAUGCUAUUUUGCAAGCAAUUUCCUCUUAUACAAUGCAUUUUAUGUUAUGUUAUGUUAUGUUUUAUUUUAUUAUAUAUGGCAUUAUUUUCAAUAAUAAUACAUUUAUACUUUUCUAUGCACACAUUUUUGUGCUUUUUAUUUGCUAGAAGAAUAGUUUCACAAAAUUUCAGAAAGUAUACCUGCUUCAGUUCAUAUCUUGUUUCAGCAGGAACUGUGAAUUAGGUCUGGUCUCACGAGAAUCUAAACUAAACCAAAUAUGCUGCCCAUACCUAACUUGCAGCCUAGCUCCAGUAAUGUGCUCCAAGAUCUUGGCAAACAGGAAACCUGGAGAAGAUGGUCUGAAUCUUUCUUCUAGUGCCAAUUGGAGAUUUCCCAGUUCCUACAAUAAGAGCCUGAAGACUGUGUGUUUGCAAGCCACUAGCCUGGAAGUUUAGAAGCAGGGUGAUGGCAGUACGACCUAAAGGUUGGAGCCAUGGGUAAUGCUUCACCCCCUCACAGGCCAGGUGCACACUGUGGGCUCUGACACUGCAGUCCUAGCAUUGCACUUUGGAAGGCACACGCUUGUACAUCUAACUAAGAAUAAUACAUCCUGAAGAUAUUAUUGAUGAACCACAAAAUCUGAUUGUUUUAAAAGUGCUGCAAGGCACUUAGUUGGUUUUGCUGCAAAAGCCGGCAUGGUUUCCUGCUUCCUAGAAUGUUUCCAAGAGUUAUUAAAAAUGCAUUGAUUUGACAUAUUCAAAUUAAACACUCUUUUCAAUAUUAUCACAGCAAUUCCUGCCAGGAAAAGCUGAACCUGUUGGAUUUUUGCCUGUCUUGUCACUGCUAGAAAGACAGGAACUAUUUUUUUAAAAAAACAACAACACAACAUACAGUUUAUAUUUGUGUAAAUUUCCAAAGCUCUGAAAUAUCUUCAGAACUCUUUUUAGGUUAUCUAUACUGAUGUUUCUGAGUGUAUGUUAUUCUUGCAGGUGAAAAGGAGCAGGCUGCUAUUUGCACACACAGAGAAUGCCACGACCUCAUAUGGACUUUUGCACCCAAGUACACAGCCUGCUUUUCUAGGUGUUGCACAUUAGCUGUAGUCCCCCCCCCUCUCUGUGCUGUGCAGUUGUUCGUCCAAUCAUACUCUUGCAUGCAAAUAUACUAUAGCCAGUUCAGAUAAAAAGGCACAAUUAUAUUGAAGUGCUCAGUCAGGGCAAAUAUCACUGAACUUUUCUUACAACCUCCUUUCACCUGUGUUUCAGGAACUAGUCCAAACAUGACAACUGCCCCGGCUUUGCCAGAGCCCCUCAAGGAUCUGAAGAUUCAGUAUACUAAGGUUAGUUAUAUUUAUGUGGCUUAACUUCCCUCAAGCUCUGCCACUGAGGCAAUCUCCUUGUGUCUUAUUGCUGUAGUCUGUGCAGUUCCCACUUUAGCGGUGGAUCUCAGUGCAUAUAACUUUGUUGCCGGUUUUUACCUAUGGAUCUCACUGCAGCUUUAUUCCCUGAUGUCCUCCCCUGUUUCCGCAGAGUGUGGCUGCUGACAGCCAUCCUGUUUCAGAAUGGUUGCAAUUGUUGCUCUGUGUGAAUUAUGUCUGAAGCUAUGAUUCUGUGAGCCCAAAGCAUUUUAGGGCUUCAGCCUUAACCAUGGUACUGUUUGUAGACCUAGGCAUAUGUACUUGGGAGAAGCCCCAUCAAACUAACAGCUGGAUCUUAUGCAUGUUUACUCAAAGCAAGCCUCACUAGGUUCAGUGGCACCUUCUCUGAAGGAAAUAUGCAUGAGAUUGGGGCUUUUUUGUUUUGGGAGAUGUGUAUAGGAUUUGACUGAUGCCUAGGAACAAGUUCUGCAGAAAUUACUUCCACAGCGGUGUUUCCAGGACUGGAUUAUAACAGAGUAUUAAUGGUUUACAGAAAGAAAGAUAAAAUCAGCAAAGGGGAAAAUCAGAAUAUGUUACUGUAUUAGGGAAUGUAACAUUGAUUUAUAAUUACAAUUCAUUACUAAAAUAUGUAGACUACAAUCUUCUGCACAUUUACUUGGGAGUAAACACCACUGAGCACAAUGGUAUUCACUUCUCAGUAGACGUGUGUAGGGUUGCACAGUUUCUUGGGGGGAAAUCCAGCAGAAUUGUUGAAAUGUGAACAACACACAUGCAUCGCCUACGUACCUGGAAGAGAAGUGCAUAAAAGCAGGCCAGCCACUUGAGAGCAAUAAUGAGAUGGACAAUCCUUGCUAGUAGACUUUCUACAAUCUACAAAAGGCAUUGACAUGCAAGGCAAAGGGCUGGGGGAAAUACGAAGGUCCCUGGCUUGAGGGCUUGUCUUUAGCCAGCUAAGCUGGAGGACUUGGAUGCAGCAGGAUGAUUCAACCUCCAGUACUGCACAGAACGGCAAUAAUCUUAUUUGAGCUGAACAUGUUGCUGAGGUUCUGCUUACAGCGGCAUCUGGUUGGGCCUUUUGAGAAGAGGAUGCUGGACUAGAUAGGCCUUUGGCCUGAUCUAGCAAAAUCUUAUGUUACCAUGUCAUCUGAAAUACUGUGCAAGAAAAGACACCCCCAAGCACAUUAUGUAUAUAGUUGUUCAGCAGUUCAGCAAAAGUAUUCCUCUGUAGGAAGUUUGGGAAUCUGGGUGAGAGACACCUCAUGAAAUCUGUAUUUGCACUGCACAUGUGGGAUGGGGAUGUACAUUCCUAUCUGCCUUGAGAGCAAAAGGAAAUGUGCAGCCCAAUCCACUCUCUUGAAUCAUUGAUUGCAUAGGGCCUGGCUGCAGCUAGACUCAAGCUAACAUAUUUAGUAUUCAGGCAUUAAUGUACUAGGAAGCAGAAGGCUUCUCAAAAUAAAACUAGAUUGUUUUCAUGUUCUUCCUAUAUUCCAAGGACAUAAUAAACCUGUAUAUCCAGUUUCCAGAAGCUCUUGAAAGAAAAACAACAGUGGGUUGUAUCCAUUCCACUCCCACAACAGACUUCCACUUGCACAACCAAACUCCCCUCUCUCCUCUCCCAUGUAGCUCCUGUGCACCCUCAGAAUCUGCCUCAGGGGGCUGCGAGACCCUUUGGAGCAGAUACUGGGAGUGUGAAGGGGAAAUCACACUGCAUGAGCAGAACACCACUCCAAACAUGCAGCAUUGACUGCAACCCAAAGAGUCUUGUGGCACUUUAACAUCUGUUAUGGGAGAAGCUUUAAAGGACUGCAAUCUACCUGAUCACAUGUAUGAAAUGCUAUCCUACGUUACAGGUGUGUGCGUGCAUAUGUGAAUGCAGGAUGGGGAAAGGAUUGUAAACAGUGAAGUCAAAAAACAAAAUGCAGAAAAGUAUGCUGGUGAUAAUUAUCUUAUUAACUGGGCCUUUCAUACAGACACACACAACAUACAUCCUGGCUUUGGUAAAACGAUUUUUUUAAAAAAUGAUUUUUUUAUUAAAAAAUCAAUUCUGCAGUUUCAGUCCAGAAAAGACAGCACUUAACAACACUGCAGUCUUCUUUUGAAGUUCCCGUAUUCACGUUAUGUUGGUUGCAGUGUCAUUGGAAGCUAAAAUGGCCUCUUCCUGUUUUUUCUAUAUUGCCAUGUUGCCAUUUUAGAGUAGUGCUGUGUAGAGAAAAGCCUGUUUGUCUUAUAAGAGAAUUCAGAAGUGCCAUUUUGGCAGAUGAUGGCAUAUCAUUGGAAGCUGAUCAGGUGAAUGAAUCUCAAGGGUUGCACAGAAUAGAAUAGAAUAGAAUAGAAUAGAAUAGAAUAGAAUAGAAUAGAAUAGAAUCAUAGUUGGAUGGGACCCUGAGGAUCACCUAGUCCAACUGUUUUUGGGGGACAGGGGGCAGGCAGGUGUGGGGACUCCCUGGCCCUGAACAGGGUAACUAUGCCCCUGAAAGACCAGGUGCACAGCCUGGGAGUCAUUUUGGACUCACAACUGACCAUGGAGGCGCGGGUCAAUUCUGUGACCAGGGAAACUUUCUACCAGCUCCAUCUGGUACACCGGCUGCUAUAACUUGUGGAUUGAAUCAGCAGAAUGGAUUUUUAUCACACUGCAUGAGUUAGUUGGUUUAUCAGUGCCAGGAUGUCUGUGCUAUCAGCCCCGCUUUUCUGUGAACAAUGUAAAUUACCACCACCCAUACUUACUUUGGAUCUGACAGUUUACCUCCUCUAACCAUCAAGUACCUGAAACUGAGAAUACUUCUUCAUAUCUCUGAUGAAGUGGACUGUAGCCCACAAAAUCUUAUGCUGUGAUAAAGUUGUUAGUCUUUAAGGGACCACAAGAUUCUUCGUUGUUUUUUCCAUAUAUCCAGCUAAGUCCUCUGCCUUAAAAAAAUCCAUGUUGCAAACAAGCUUGCCAUAGAAGCAAAGGAUAUCAUAGCAAAUUCUUUCCAUGCUUAUGCACAAACAAACAGAUAAGCAGAAAGGUAUUAUCUUAUCGAACCCCUAAAGUAGUUCUCUCAUCUUACCACCAGCACGUUGCUAUUCCUUGCAUCAGAGUAUAAUUGCUAAAAUAGAAAGUAUCUUUGAACUUUGUACAGAUUGGCAGCAAACGUUUUGAAGAUUUUCAGGUCAGCUGAAGGAGAAAGGAAAAUAACUGUGCAAUUAAGAGAAUCACUCGCAGGGCCCUUUGCUUAUCACUUUAUUGGCCAGAGAUUGCUGUGAGCUGGGGGCAGGCGGGACACAGCAGGCGUUUGAGCAUUCCAGCCAGUCUGCGCCUUUCCCAGCAGUUGGGUGUGCAAACUCUGGCAGGUGACGGAAGUUUAUCUCCUUGCUGCUGAAGGAUCACAUGCUGAUAGUUACACACAGAAGUGUUGUGCAAGGCAAAAGGGCAGGUACAUCAGGGUGGGCUCCCUCCCGCCCUCCUUCCCUUAGAUACCUGUCAGCCCUAAGCCACAGUUUCUCACCUUUAAGCAUGUGCUCAACUCUCUUGCACUGAAAUCAGGCUUGGCUGGAUCACAGCCCCAAAGGCAAAAUAUUUCAUAAAGAAAAGAAGGAGAAAUUUGGGAGGCCUCUUCUGGAAUGUUGAAAGCAUGAGGAAAAGAUCUGGAGUUGUGACUUUAUUCUCAAAUCUGAUCGUUCCCCCUUGGUAAAUGCUUGGAAGAAACACCCUGUGGAGGGACCCAAUUCUGCAGCCUCCUCACCUGCACCGACCGCUCUGUGCCCAUCGCGGUGCUUGCAUUUCCUUGAUAAGGCAGUAGAGAUGUGGUGAGAGUUUGGCAAUAUUUAACAAGUUUCAGAAACUGACAGCAGUGUUCAGCUUUUUAGGAUGAUAAAACACUCCAGAAAAGUGGGGGGGGGGGUGUUUAUGUUGCAGGUAUAAGGUUCUUACUUCUUUUCUCUAAAAAAGAAGGAAGGGUGAAAAAUGCAGGCUUUCCCUUUGAAUUAUGUCCAAAAUAAAAUACUUAGUCAGCAUAUGAAUUUCUAAAAUGUGCUAUGUCCAAAUCCAGAUUAACCACCACAUCUGAUAUUUCCAUAAUGCCAGCUAACUGCCUAAUAUUUUACUGUCUGUGAUGGUGACAGAAGUGAUCAUGAAACCAAUACAGGCAUUGACAAGGCUCCCCAGAUCCAAAUAAAUAGAUAGCCAGUGUUGAACCUGAAGCACCCAACUUCUAAUUUCAGCAAGUUACCGGUAUUUGCCACUAGCUGAGACUGGCAGAGGUAAAGAACAAAAUUAAUUUGAGUGCCUCUAAAGGGAAAUGGGACCUGAAACGGUCCAGGGAAGACCUGUAGUAGCUUCUGUUCUCUUCUCCCUACCUGGGACUUUGCAACUUGAUAUACCCACAAAAUUCUAUAUCUGCUCGCAUAGCACAGCUUUUUUUGGAAUUGUGUGACUGAUUCUGUAUGAGCUUUUAAUGAUUUAAAAAGAAAGAAAGAUGGGCACACAUUUAGCAUGCUAAUCCUAAUCCAUUUUCUCUUUCUAGAGGCAUACUGAAGUGUGAACAUGGGAUGAAAAACUUAGCCCAUAAGUGUCAGGCAUAGCCAAGCCUGCCUUUUAGGGGGCAGGUGUGCCACGACUCAGUCUAAUGCACAUUAAAGUUCCACUUCAGUGUGUCCCUCAUCCAUAUGCAGCCUGCAGCCCAUUGAUCCCGUUCCUUGGGAUGCUUUUGCUUCUGAUCAAAUAAAUGAUGGAGCAGACAGCAGUAUACCAUUGUCCUGAUCCACAGAUCAGGGAUUCCAGAAAAGGAUGUCAAAACUGCCAAAAGGAUUCAUUCUAGUGCUUUGUUAUGAAAAGGUGAAAACUUCAAUGCAGUGCCAGAAACCUUACUGCCUUUACAGACUCAGGAUAGACACGAAAACAGCAAACAUUCAUCAUGACUGCCUGCCCCCGGGCAAGCAUUUUGUGCAUUGCUUAUACAGAAAACAUCAUGUGUCAGUUUGGUUAGAAACCCCCAUUGGCCCACCUGGCUCACGAAGGCAGGGAUGGCAGGCAGCCAAGCCUCAUGGAUAGCUCCCCUCCCUAAGCCGAGAGCCAAGCCUCCAAAGUCCACAGAUAAGCAUAGCACCAAAGCAAGCCAAAGAGCAUAUAUCAAAGCAAGCAGAUAAACAUAUAUGAGCUCAUUCUCACAGCCAAUAAUAGUUAGUCCCGGGGUUCCCUUGCCUACCAAGAUGGCAUUUACAGGCCUUUAGAAACAUUUUCACAGUUUGGUUCUACACAAAGAUGUGCGGUGAAUUUGCUACUCAGCUCCAAGCAAAAUCCACAGCAAUGCACAAAACAACACAAAAAAAGUAAUCCUAUUGCUAUAAUUGUGACAAAAAUCAUUAAUAAGCGGUGCCACCCCCCCAAACCCUUGGAACCACCAUGUUUCCUGUCCCAAACUGGCUAUAUAUUGAUGCAACACUUCUCAUAUAUCUAUUCUGCUUUACAAACCCCUCCUAGAGCAGCCGUUGCUCAGGCAGCAUAGUCAGCCAGAUUCCAGAGGGUGUGAUGGGCGGAGAUGUAGCAAUAGCACUGCAGAGGUAGCAGCCAGAGGGCUUAUCAUUAUUAUUUACUUAUACCUUGCCCACCUGGCCAGGUUUCCCCAGCCACUCUGGGCAGCUUCCAACAGAAUAUUAAAAACACAAUAAAACAUCAAACAUGAAAAACUUCCCUAAACAGGGCUGCCUUCAGAUGUCUUCUAAAAGUCAGAUAGUUGUUUAUUUCUUUGACAUCUGAUGGGAGGGUGUCAGGGUGGGCACCACUACUGAGAAUGCCCUCUGCCUGGUUCCCUGUAACUUCACUUCUUGCAGUGAGGGAACUGCCAGAAGGCCCUCGGCGCUGGACCUCAGUGUCCGGGAAGAACGAUGGGGGUGGAGACGCUCCUUCAGGACCAAGGCCCUUUAGGACUUUAAAGGUCAGCACCAACACUUUGAAUUUUGCUCAGAAAUGUACUGGGAGCCAAUACAGGUCUUUCAGGAACUGGAGUUAUAUGGUCUCGGCAGCCGCUCCCUGUCACCAGUCUAGCUGCCGCAUUCUGGAUUAAUUGCAGUUUCCGGGUCACCUUCAAAGGUAGCCCCACAUAGAUUGCAUUGCAGGAGUCCAAGCGGCAGAUAACUAGCGCAUGCACCACUCUGGCAAGACAGUCUGCGGGCAGGUAGGGUCUCAGUCUGCAUACCAGAUGGAGCUGGUAGACAGCUGCCCUGGACACAGAAUUAACCUGUGCCUCCAUGGACAGCUGUGAGUCCAAAAUGACUCCCAGGCUGCACACCUGGUCUUUCAGGGGCACAUUUACCCCAUUCAGGACCAGGGAGUCCUCCACACCCGCCCGCCCCCUGUCCCCCCAAAACAGUACUUCUGUCUUGUCAGGAUUCAACCUCAAUAGACGCCAUCCAUCCUCCAACCACCUCCAGACACUCACACAGAACCUUCACCACCUUCACUGGUUCCGAUCUGAAAGAGAGGUAGAGCUGUGUAUCAUCUGCAUACUGAUGAACACUCAGCCCAAACCCCCUGAUGAUCUCUCCCAGCGGCUUCAUGUAGUUGUUAAAAAGCAUGGGGACAGAACCCUGAGGCACCCCACAAAUGAGAGCCCAGGGGCCUGAACACUCAUCUUCCCACACCACUUUCUGGACACUGCCCAGGAGGAAGGAGUGGGACUAUUGUAUAACAAUGCCCUCAGCUCCCAGCUCCUCUAGACAGUCCAGAAGGAUGUCAUGGUCGAUGGUAUCAAAGGCUGCUGAGAGAUCCAGCCGAACUAGGAAACAGCUUUCACCCUUGUCCCUAGCCCACUGGAGAUCAUCGACCAGCCUGACCAAGACCUGAAUCCUGAUUGGAAGCAACACAAAUAGUCCGCAUCCUCCAGGCAUGCCUGGAGUUGUUCAGCAACCACUCACUCACUCACUCAAUCAAUCAAUCAAUCAAUCAAUCAAUCACCUUGCCCAAGAAUGGAAGAUUUGAGACUGGGCAAUAGUUGGCCAUAUUGGCUGGGUCCAAAGAUGUUAUUUUAAGAAGUGGUUUAAUGACCAUCUCUUUCAGCAGGUCUGGGAAGGCUCCCUCAGAGAGGGAAGCAUUCACCACCCCCAGCUCUUCCCAGCUCACUUUUAUGAGCCAGGAUGGGCAAGGAUCAAGGAGACAGGUGGUUGGUUUCAUGCGUCCAAGCAACCUGUCCACAUCCUCGGAGGUAACAGAUUGGAAUUGAUGCCAUGCAGCUUGACUAGACAGAGCUCUAGCACUCUCCCGCCCUGGCCCUGCUCCCACGGUGGAGUCUACCUCUUUCUGAAUCUGAGCCACUUUAUCUGCAAAAAACUUUGCAAAAUUAUUGUAGGAGAUGUUGGGCCCCGAUGGCAAAGGUGGUUCCGUUAGAUUGUGAGCCACCUGAAAGAAUCUCCUGCUGCUGUUUUCUGCAGAUGCUAUCUCCACUUGGUAGGCUCAACAUUGAGCUCUAACCCGUGUCCGGUCUGAUUCAGAAUGAUUUUUCCACCACCAGCACUCUAGCCGUCUCGGCAAUUGUUCAUCACCCUCAGCCCUGGGGAAAACCACAGCACUGUCUGGGUUCCAUGCAGUCGGAGAGGGCACUUUGGAGCCAGACAGUCGAUAGCUCUGGUUAACUCCGCAUUCCAGCGGGCCACCAGGGAAUCAGCUGAAAGGCCAUCAACAUGGGAUAAAACAUCCCCUACCCUCUGGAAACCAUUUGGAUCCAUUAAGUGGCGGGGGCAGACCAUCCGAAUCUGUCCCACCUCCAUGCAUAGAGGAAUGGUUGUGGAGAAGUCCAGUUGCACCAGGAAGUGAUCCGACCAGGGCACUUCUUUUGUUUCACUUUUACUUAAUGUCAAAUAAUCCACAUCCAUGGAGAUGAACACCACGUGUAAGGCAUGUCCAUGACUAUAAGUUGGGUCAAACUUAUUCAGGGAGGCCAUGCUUUCCACAAAGUCCCAAGUGGCUCUUUGUAAGGUCAUGUUGGCAUGGAUGUUAAAAUCCCCUAGGACAACCAAACUAGGUGUCCCCAGGAGAACAUCCGCCACGACCUGAAGCAGCUCGGGCAGGGAAUCCUAGGUGCAGCGGGGAGUUCGGUACACCAAAAGGAAUCCUCUACUGCCCCUAUUGUCCAACUUCCAGAACAUGCACUCAGAAAACUGGGUCUUCCCAAUAGGACGCCUGGUGUAAGCUAAUGACUUCCUAUAAAUCACUGCAACGCCCCCUCCCCACCCAUAUGACCCGGGUAGCUAUGCAUAAGAGAAACCUGGCAGACAAACAGCAGCAAGAACAGGCCCAUCUGCUUCAUCCAGCCAAGUCUCUGUUACCAGAUCAAGUCCUCCAUCCAUGACAGCCGUCUUGUGAAUCUUUGACCUGACAUUGCACAGCAGCAGCUUAAGGCCAUGUGGGUCUCCCUUGUUGAUUCCAAUAUUCUUCCGGUCAAGACCAGACCCGGAGGCAGGGGUAGUCUUCAAACAACAACUAAACCUGCCUCCUCCAUUGUCUGGUCUUAGCGUAGCUCCUCCUCCUGCCUGUGAUCACUGAGAUUGGGUGUCUCAGUGCAUUCUCCCCUGUGGAACUUGCCCCAGCCAUUCUGAAUCCCUGCCUGGAGUGAGGGGCAGUGAGGACCUGUGGCGGUGAUUCUGGACAGGCUUGGAGCUCCCCAAGACUGAUCAUCUGCCUAGGUAAAUCCAUAACUGCUGCCCUCAAGGGGCUGAGUUUAACAUGUUACUGAGGCCUGGAGGAAAGAGAAGCAGCUGCAACAGUAGGCUGGCUGUUUCUGUCUGUGUUGAAAACUCAGGGAGAUGUGUUAAAGGCUUUGCAGGGGUGGGUGAAGGCUAGAGAGACUGAUGUUUCUCUGGAAAGAUAUAUGCAAGCCACCGCCUGUGACGCUGUAAGGGAUUCAGCUGGAAAGUUAGAGAGGCAGGAAAAGCAGUUGCUCACCUUUGCUUGUUGAUAUGUACGCAAAAGUGGAUGGCUGCAGCACCCUGAGGUAAAAGCUAUUGCUCCACCAGGUUGGUCAUCAUCAGGGUGGGAUCCUGAAGCUGAGGAUAGCACCUCAACUGACGAUGGGGAAGGGGAAUUGCCUUCAGGUAGUGAAAGUGAGGGAAGGAUGAGGCCUCACAUCCUUUGGUGAAGUCUAAAGUGAAACAGCCUCGGGGGCUGCUGCUGCCCCAGCCCCACCAAUGCAAGUGAAUAGUGUUUACACCUGGUGUGCUCAUGGUGAUGGUUACGAAAUUUCACCAGCAGCCAUACAAAACACUGCUGGCCUGGCUGUUACAUUUGUGGGAUGAACGGGCAAACACCUGCUGUCUUGGUCUUCAUUCUCUGUCAAGACAGCAAGGCUUUGCCGACUUUUGACAGUUUGCACCUUCUUCUGAUAGAGCGCUGGAGCUGAUCAUUCUGUCAUUUUGGGCAUCACACGGGCCCGCCUUUGGGCCUGGGGAUCAGGACAACCAGGGAAGAAGCAAGCAAGAGUACUGAACAGACUCUGGGCCAUAGCCAGAACUGCAGGUCCAGGCUACACUACCCAUAUAUUAGUGGCAUCCUGUAUACUAGUGACAAACCCCAUGCUAUAGCCCCAGGCAGGCAUGAAAAAGAGGAGCCUUAUUUGUCAGCUAUGAUUGAUUUGCCAGGGUUGAUGGCAAGUACAAUGAAACAAUUGCCUGGCUACAUCAUCACAUACCUAAAGUCAGCAUGGAUAGCUCUAUCUGUCAUGUGCCACAGCAGUUUGGGCAUAAGAAUUGGGCUGAAAUCCAUUUAAUUCCAUGUAUUCUCACUUGCAAGCAUGGAGGCGGGAUUUAUGUUAAAACAAACAGACUUUUCACACUGAUUUCAAUGGGCACUAAGCACAACUAACUUCGUCUAGAAUCUAGAUUCAGUUCAUUUUCCAAAAUCAGGGUUUAUUCCUGAUGUCUCUCCAUGCCCCAAACUCAUACUAAAAGCCAGUAAAAGCCCUUAAUAAGACUCAUGUGUGUUUUGGGUUAGUAAGGAAUUCAGGAAAUGGCCUUUGAUAUACAUACACUAGUAAAUAUUUUACUUGAUUAUGCUCCGGAGUUAAAUAAUGAUUAUUCAACUAAUAAUGUUGUCCUUUGAAUUUUUCUGUUACACUUUCAACCUAGCUUUCUAAAAACAAUUAAAAAUAAUUUAUGCUGCAAUGUUAUAAAGGCUUAACUGGGAGUAAAUCUCAAUGAAUUCAGUGGAACUUGCUUUUGCUGUGGGUUGCAUUGCACAGUACUAAUUUGUAGUUAUGUAGAGCGACUGAAAAAAUACUUUUUUGUUGCCUUUGGGAAGCUAAGCUGAAAGGCAACAUAAAUGUAUUAUUUACUAAGCAGAAAGAAAAAUAUAAGACUCUUAAACCAAUAUGCUGUGAAAGGUGGUCAUUUGUAUGCCCGUGGUGUUAAGUCUGAAAGAACUCUGACAUUAAACUCUUUGUUUUCUUUAUGAGUUAAAUUAUUGGCAACCUUUUUCUACACAGUUCAAAUCUGGUAAAGCCACUGAGGGUCAAAUACAACUGUUCUGCUUCUGUAAGCCAUUUCCAUAUCAUGGGAGCAUCAGCUGGCUGUGCUUGGUCUGGGAAAGACUUGCUUGGCUUCAUUUACCAGAAGCUGCUCAGCAUGGACCUUGAACUUUGCAUUCAAGGAUCUCCCAAGGCCACCUUCCUAGGGGUACGCUUCCUGGACAAGGCCUCCUUCCGUGACAUUGGAUCAACUAAGCCAAUGGCAAUCAGUGGAGCUGUGGCACCUUUGCUUGUAUGGCAUCCCAGCCAUCAAAAAGGGCAGAGGAGAAAGGGACUUUGGAGAAGACAAAUGUAAGCCGCCUAUUAUAGAUGGAUAGAAAGACACACAAACAUUUUGCAUACUUGAAUAAUGUUAGGCACACAAAGUCUUCUGAACAUGUUUUCAUUUUACCCAAAUCCAAACUCAGUGAGUCACAGACUUGUACAAGAGAGACCUUUGAGGAAACUAAACCCACAAUUAGCAAAAUAAACACCAUAGAGGACACCUCAUCCAUGUUGUGCUUUUGAAUACUUGUUCUUGCAAAGAGGACCAGUUCAGACAGGCCCAGAACAGCUGUUGAUGAUGAUCCUGCUUGCUUAUUUGUUCAUUUCUUCUGCCUGUCAAUUAUGAUAUGUCAUUCACAAUGGCAUGCAUUCUGCCUUAGCACAAGGGAGCUCAGCUUCCAUGGAAGGCUUAUUAGAAAGAAAAGUGAUGAGUGUGCUAGUGUGACCCAUUCCCUGCACUUCAACAGCCUAGGAGUUCCCUACCUCCCUGUCAUCCCCCUGCAAACUCAUGAGGGAAGCCACAGUUCUUAGGAUCAUAGGAAGUUGUCUGGAUGGAGGAUCAUACUAAUAAUGGCUGCCAGCCAUGGUGGCUAUUUCUGCAUCCACCGACAGAAGCAGGAAGCCUCUGUAUAUCAGUUGCAGGAAAUCACAAGUGGAAAGAGCCCUGUUGCGCUCAGGCCUUGCUUGGGGGCUGCCCUUAGACUUCUGCUCAGCUGCUUUGAGAACAGCAUGCUGGACUAGAUGGGCCUUUGACUUGCUCCAGUCGGGCGCUUCUUAUGCUCUACAGUUACCAGGUCAGACUGUUUGCCUAUUUUGCUCAGUGUUGUUUAUCCUCCAGGCUCUCAGGCAGAGGCCCCCACACUGCCUGUCCCAUCUCCUAUUAUUUUUUCCUAUUACAGUGGUACCUCGGGUUACAGACGCUUCAGGUUACAUAUGCUUCAGGUUACAGACUCCGCUAACCCAGAAAUAGUACCUCGGGUUAAGAACUUUGCUUCAGAACAGAAAUCACGCAGCAGUGGGAGGCCCCAUUAGCUAAAGUGGUGCUUCAGGUUAAGAACAGUUUCAGGUUAAGAACGGACCUCCGGAACAAAUUAAGUACUUAACCCGAGGUACCACUGUAUUUAAAAAACCCUGCAGUUAAGGGCACAUAGCUAGCAUGUCCUCUAGUUUUGCCCAUGUUGGCUGUGCUGCAGUCAAGCUGUCAUUUGGAGGUGAUGAGAAGAGGAAAUAACAUGCUGUACCUGAUAUAAAAAGCCUUUGAGUCAGUGGCCUAAACGUAGCAGUAAGAACUUCCAAAAAAGGUAUGUUUCACAAUUGUCUUUUUUCAUAAACAGAUACGAAUUUGACUUACCCUUGCAUCACAUGGCACUGUUAUAUUAAUAUUUACGUUUCACGCACUCUCUCAUUUUGGGAGCGCACCUUGUUGCCAAGCGUGGGUUUUCAUUAUUUGACACUCUGCUUGCUAUCUUCUUGUGCCUAAUUUAGUUUUCAUCGUAACAGAUCAUGGUUCUGCCCUUAUGUUUUUUUAAUCUACAUCUGGGCUUUGGCUAUCGGUUUCCCUGGAAAGGAUUUAGGCCAUCAUCCGCUUCCUGCUUGCUUAAAGGUUAGAACUGCAUAGGCAAAAUGCUUUCCAGCUAUUUGAAAAUGGAUACUUUUAGCUAUCUUACAUGUGCUGCUGAGUAAAUGAGUAUGAUCUCUGGGUUGCUCAGAACCAGGAUAUGUUUAAGAUAAUAUUAUUACUAAUACUGGCACUCGACUUUGUUUUCAUGGUGCAUCUGCAGCCUAGGAGGCAAAGGGAGGAUUGGGAAAGGAACAGGAGAUAGAGAAGGAAAGUCCAGGUGCGUCAGGUGACCCCUCUCCUCAAUCCAGCCCAUGCAUAUGGGAGCAGGAGAGUACCACCUCCCCCCCCCCAGCUAUUCUGCACACCAUUGAAAAGAGCCAACACUCAUUGGGUUUGACAUUCACAGGUUGUCCACCUACAUGUAGAUAUGGGGACAGUGGAGAGGGGGCACUGGCUAGAUGGGUGCAGGCAGAAGAUGAGCCCUUGGUUCCUGGGGCCUCACGUAGGAGCUGCCUAAAGAGACGCACCAUCCACUUCUGACAUUAAUUCAGGAACACUGCACCAUCAAGGACUCCUGACUGCUCCACGGAAAUGAAUGAAAGGAUGAAUUAUGAAACUUCGUGAAUAGUAUUUCAGUAAUUUGCAACACAAUACAUCCUGUGCAAAUCCUACUGCAAAGCUGAGAGCCAGUGUGGAAUAAGAGAGUGUUGGACCACUCCCUGGGAGACCAGAAUUUUAAUCCUCUUUCAGCCUUGAAGCACCCUGGGCCAGUCACUGUCUCUCAAGCCAACCUACCUCACAGGGCUGUUGUGAGGAUAAAGCAGGGAGGGGAGAACCACCACUUUGAGCUCCUUGGAGGAAAUGAUAGCAUAUAAAUGUAAAUAAUAAUAACUGUGGUAAAUAGGAAGUGAGGCAACAUGCUUCACUCAUGACAAGGACUUGAAUGACACUGGAAGGGGGGGAGCAGCUUUGGAUGGUGGCAGUGGGACGUCCGGUGUAAAACAAAAAUAGUAUAAGGAAGGCAUGGGAUCCAACCAGGCAGUUGUGACCUUCCAGGUGCUUGACAGCACUUCCUGAUUUUUGCUGCCCCAGGGAGGAACUAGAAACAAGGAUAUCAAGCACCUCCUGGGAUGCUGUACAUGACAGGUGGGUUCUGCCUGUAUUGGCACCAUGUGGGAGCAAGAGAGAAAACAGGCCCGGUGCCAGCAGUCAGUCUGCCUGGGCCCUGGCAAAGGCCCCACCUGCUCAGAAAGAUCCCUCACCGGCCUGACUCAGCUGGUAAAUUUAAAUGGCAGCCCCACUCUAAGAUAGCAUCCAGGGUGCUGGGGAGGAGGACAGUCAGUACUGCUGUUGCCCUGGUGAUGGCAGGGGGGCAACUGCAACUGCGUGAGGAGGUGUGAGUGCUGUCAGGAGGUCCAUAAGGGUCCCCUGAAGGCUGAGGAAAUAGAAGGUGGUUUUAACAAGCAAGUGGAAUGGUGGGAUGGGGAUCUUUAGAAGUCAAGUGAGUAGCUAAAAAAAUAUUGACAAGAAAAAAAUAUUUUUAAUUCCAUCUCCUCAGUGUAAAACAAAUAAUUUGUGCAUCUCUUUAGUCUGCCAUCUCCACCAAUCAGCCUUAGGAUCAGUUUACACAACCACUUUGUUUUCAGAAACCAGGAAUCAGUCUCUCUCUCUCUCUCUCUCUCUCUCUCUCUCACACACACACACACACACACACAAACACAUUUGGUUUUAAUGGCAUUACCAGUAUUUUCAGUGCAACUCAACAUGAGCCAGGAAGAAAAAGAUAUCAGGGAUUAGCACUCUCUUUGUAUUUUUUUAAAAAAAUUGUGACAGGGGGAUAUAGUUGUGUAGAGGCCAUAGUUCUGAACUCUCUCUCUAAAUAGUUCCUGGUUAUGACAUUUCUUUAAACAAGAGCAUGACUGUUAUGUGUUGUUUUUUCAUUUCAGAAAGUUGUGUGUUUUGCAGGGUGGAAAAAUAAAAAUAUUGAUUGAUUUUAUUUUGAUUUAAUGUUUGUAUUCCGCUUUUCCAACAACAAAUGUUGAACUCGAAGUGGCUCAAAAUAAUAACAAUAACAUUUAUAGAAACCCCAAACAUUGUAAUCAUUAUGAUAUCAGACACAACAACAUAUAAAUAAAACAAAACUACAGCAACAGAUUAAUCAAAACAGUUAAUACAUUUCAAUAAAGUCAUAGUGACUCAUAGUGUUGCCAGGAUGCCGUUUUGGUUACCAGAUGCAUUGUUUUGCAACACUGCAAUGGAUGGAAAUGGGAUAAGGAGUCACAUAAUGUCAUCAAUUUAUCUGUCUGUCUUCCAUUCCCUUGCAGAUAUUUAUAAACAAUGAAUGGCAUGAUUCAGCUAGUGGCAAAAAAUUCCCAGUCCUUAACCCUGCGACUGGAGAGAAAAUUUGCGAUGUUUCAGAAGGAGAUAAGGUAAGCUUUCCUUUCUAUGGACUUUAUCUUUAUUUGGGUGUAAACCUCUGCCGCAGGUCACUAUCUAGGGGAGAAGAAAUAAUGGCAUUGAGAGAUAGCUCCCUUGGCAGAACAAGACUCUUAAUCUCAGGGUUGUGGGUUUGUGCCCCACAUUGGGCAAAAAGUCUCCUGCACUGCAAGGGGUUGGACUAGAUGACCUUUGUGGUCCCUUCCAACUCUACAAUCCUAUGAAAUCUGUCACAUGGUGUGGCAAUCGUCCAAGGACUGGAGAAUCAAAGCCACAUUCUGGGGCUGUGUGCACAUUACCACUGACUCUGACUCCAGUGCCCUCCCAUCACUGGUGUUUAAACCCAAGCACACAUGACACUUGCCAUAAACUACAUUUCUUGAUAAAUAUUAUUCUUUGAUGUGGUUUCUCUUAAACCAGCUUCCAUCCCAUUUGGAAACCUAAGCCACAGCUAAACUGAGGUGUGUACAUUUGAAACAUCCAUUACGCAGGUGCAGGUGACAGCUUCAUUGAAUAAGAGUUUGAGGGGCUGCAGGGUUGGGAAAAUAAAUCAGGUGAUAAGCAUAGGAUGAAGCCAUCACUACCCCCUCUCUAGUGUGUACAGCAGUGUAAAAAUGUGAUUUCAAAUUCAGCUGGGGAGUGUGUGGAGGGGGUGACCUUGCUGCAUUUUAAGCUCCUGAUGUGAACGUAGCCGAGGUAAGUAAGGGCAUUCUGGCUCAAUUGCAAAAAGUCCUAAGAAUGGAACUAACCUGACCCAGGAUGGGCUGCCUGCUAACGGGAUGACUGAGCUGAGCACCAUCCUUAAAACAACAGAGAACCGAAGAAGGGCUCUAAGAAGACAAAUGCAACAUGUUUUGAACAGACGUAGGGUUGCCGCACGUCCGGAAUUUGCCGGACAUAUCCGGCAUGUAUGGAAACCCAUGUUGGCAGUGUCAUUUUUGGCGAUUUUUUUUAUGUGAAUGUGCCAAAAAAGCUCAACAAUUGUCCAGAUUUUCAUUGUUUGAAAUAUGGCAACCCUAAAACAGAGAGGACUGUUUGGACUCCUGAUUAUUGUGUCCAAUCCAAGUGAGCUUUUUAAAAAGCUCUUUUUAAAAAUAAAUCCUGAUUCUUAAUGUGUGUAGGAGAUGCUAGUUACAUGCAGUGCUGAUUGGCUAGUGCCUAUAAUAUCAUCCAAACUACCCCCACCUUGAUCCUAGAGCAAGAUCUAAAGAAGAAAUAUGGAUAAACUUUCACUUCCUUUUAUCACCAGCUUCUUUCCCCAGAUAAAGAUUGUUACAAAUCAGGUGGGUCCGCUGCUUGAACAAUCUUGAAUUAAACUGUGCCAGUGAUUUACUCAACAUUUGGGGCUCUCAUAAGGUUUUUAAAAAAAAAGGUUUACAAACCGUUUAUUGAUUUGUUUGAGCUUUCUCUCCCCCACCCACAAAAAAAAUCCUAAUGUAGAUUGACAAUUAAGUAGGCCCUGAAUCCAGCAAAUUAUUAAAAAAAAUCAGCUAAUUAUACAAGUAAUUGUAAACUUCAGAGCUUAGUACUUAGGCAGUGAGCCAAAAGAUUUUAAGACUUUAAUCUGGAUGUUCAAUAGCACUAACAAAGAAUUGUGCAUUACUUUAAAAAAAAACCUUGGAAAAUCAAAAGGGGAUUACAAAUCAAAGACACACAUGGGAAUGGGAAACAGUAUCCUUUCAAUUAGAUUGUUCAUUUAGUCUGCGCUCUCUAAGACUAAAUGGCUUAAAGCAUGAUUGCAUCUAUUUCAAAAAUGGUCCAUGGGAUGUAAAGUACAUUUACUGUCUAAUAUUAUGCAUGUCUCCUCAGAACCAAAUCUCAAUGAGUUUUAUGGCACUUACUCCCAGGAAAGUGUGUAUAGGGUUGCAGUGAUAGGGAUGUACUCCCUGUGGCUGAGGGGUCAUAGAAUGCUGUGCGUGGACCUCCCUCCCCACCAGCAAAAAGGAAGGUCUGUAGGUGAGAAUGGAAAAUUCUGCUGCGGCUAGAAAUGGGGGAUUAGGAGGCACAGUUGCCCCCCUCCCUCAAAUGGACUCAUAGUUAUGCCUUUCCAGGAGUUUGUUUGCUCAACACAAGACGCGUUUAAAAAACUUAAAUCAAGCAUUUAACUUUGAACUAAAAUCCUCCGCUACUCACAGCAACAACAAAAAGUCCCAGAAUUCUUAAGUGUUCUGCAGGCAACAUUUAGCAUAGCCUCGCCUCUAGCUCAUGGACCUAGAGAAACACAGAGAUAAAGAAAAAACAGAUAUAAGUUCAGAAAAGGAUAUAAACAGCAGAGUGAGAGAAGGCUUUGUGGGGGCCCUGAUCCAGCUCAGGGGGUUUAUUGGCAUCACACUGGCUGAGGGAAGGGGAAGCAUCCUCUGCCUCACACCUGCUACUACACACCUCUAGUAAAUAAUGUCUGCAUGUCAGCACUGGGUCACAGUUUUUAGCACCUAUAUUACUUCCAUGGUUUUUCGAGGAAGAAGGCGGCAGGAUGGAGCAACAAGGAUGUGGUAUUCCCAGUGUUGCACUGGCAGUGGCAUAUGUAAAGCUGGAGAUGCACUACUCAGAUUUCACUAAAAUUCAUGUACCACUGGUACGGUUCAGUCAAAAUAAAUUGAGCAUCAUAUGCUUAAUACUUACUGCAUUUAAAUGGAUUUUCUGUACAGGCAGAUGUCGACAAAGCUGUUAAAGCAGCAAGAAAAGCUUUUGAACUUGGGUCCUGCUGGCGAACCAUGGAUGCUUCAGAAAGAGGAAGGCUAUUGAACAAACUAGCUGAUUUAAUUGAAAGGGAUCGUCUCCUCUUAGCUGUAAGUCUAAAACAUGGACCACAUUUUAAACAAUUGAAAUAUUUGGAGACUGGCUUAUUCUGAACACAAUUGAGUAUUUGCUUCAAUGUUGUGAAAGACAAAUUCUAAAAUCUGUUUUAGAAAGUCGGGGAAAGUUGGUAGGGAUGAACAUUCAUUCUAAGAUACCUCAGCUGAUCAAACGGCAUAGUGAUAUCUAACCACAAACAAUCCCAUCCUCAGAAACAACGGCUUGUUGUUGUGUUCUGCUUGACAUUGGAUUUAGACUACUGUCUUCCUUUCUGUAUUUAGCAAAACUGACAAAGUUGGCUAAUGCCAUUUAAAGGUCAUGUCUGCUGCUGUAGAAGAAGAAUAAAAGGAACCUGUCAAUUAGAGCUCCUGUAGUCACUUUGAAAGCAAAAGUUGGGAUGGGUGAGCAGACACACAUUUCCUCCACUGCCAAAUCAGUCAGUGUGCUUCCAACGGACUCUUGACUUCUAUACCCAUCUAGACCAUGGGUGGGGAACUGUGGUUCUCCAAAUGUUGUUUGACUACAGUCUACAACAAGUGUGGACAACCUUAGGCCCUCUGGACAUUGCUGAACUGCAACAAAUGUGGCCAACGACUAGGGGUGAUGGGAGUAGUAGUUGAAUAACAUCUAGAUGGUUCACAACUACCAACAUGCUGCCUGGAGCUGAUGGAAGAUUUAGUCCAACAGCAUCUGGAGAACUGCAGCCCCUCCCUCCCUUGAAAAUCUGGAACUAUGGCAUAUAUAUAAGUAUGUUAAUUUUUUGUUUGAUACCAGUGUUGCUGUGUCAAGAAUUGCUUUGUUUUGCUAUAUCCUGCCAGAGUUCUUCAUUAGUGUGGUGCUGUGCCAGCACUGCAGCCUCAGAGAUCUCAAAAGCAUCUCCAGUUGCUCUUCUCUGGUGUCUGAUAAUCAAACAUAGAAUGUUCAAUUCCAUUCUUAAAAUUUUAACCUGUUAUAUUUAAUGUGAAUAAUCACUACUAACAUAUUUAUUGUCUAAAUAUUACAUAAUAAUUGAAAAAAAUAUUUGGCCCUGUAACCUGAGGGAAAGAGAUUAUCAUCUCCCAAAGAAGGGGGAAAUUGCAGAAAUGGAACAAGCUCACGGGCUUAUCUCAGAUAAAGUGGAUGUAUUUGCCGGCAGUGGAAACUAACCUUGGGUUUAAUCAUUUCUUUUCUGCUAUUUCCUUAGCCAAGAACAACAAAUCUACUGUUAGGCUAAAAUAUGUUUAUUUUUCCAUAAAGACAUACCUUACUAAUCACAAUUCUUUCAAGCAGCCCCAUCUUCUUGUUUUGAAUUAGUUCUGCACUUCAAACACUACACAUUAAAAUCCUUUCAAUAUUUUUGGGUAGUUUGUCUAUUCUUACAGUGUAUUUUUACGCAUGUCUACUCAGAAAUAUGCCCCAUUAAGUUUAAUGGGACUUACUCCUGGGUAAUUGUGUAUAGGAUUACAGCCUUACAGUACACUCCUAAGCCCACUGAUCUGUGCUGCUGGAGGGGUCAGGAUAAGGCCAUGUUGGCCCCCCACCUGGCUCAAAUGCUAUAGAUUCCCCCACUGAGCCUAGCAGGCCAGGAAGCAACCAAUAGUGGUUCUCCUACCAGCAAGAACUAGGGAUAAAGCCUUGAAAUAGGCAGAGUAAUGAUGGCUUUGGAUCCACUGGAUUCAUAAUCCUGCAUAUCCCCCAAGGGGUUCAAAAUGAAAAGCCAUUGUGAAUAGGUGAUGUUUUGAUUCAGGAUGAGGCCACCAACCAAAUGAUUCCAGGAUCAGACUAAAAAUUGAGGCUCAGAGGAAGGGGACAGAACUAAAACAACAUCUAACCACAUUUGGGCUUAUAAAUGGUUAUAAUUUACCUAUCAUUCAAUGCCAAAAGAUAAUUUUUGGACAGAGAUGAACAAUGCUUCUUUUUGUGGCAUGUGUGUGUGGUUUUUUGUAUAUUUGAUAUACUUGUUUUUCCCAGCUGCUGUAAACCUUUUGGAAGAGAGCACAUUAAAAGUUUAUGACUGCAAAUUCUCUGCACCGUUAAGCUAUUAAAUCUCACUGAAGUCAAUGGGAUUUGUACAGCCUAAGUGUUCAGCCUAAAUAAAGUCAUAAACAACUCAGUUGGGACUUCAUUCAACAUGCAAUCCUUUUUUGUUCUACAAAGAGGCAAAUUUUACUCUAGAAAUCUUUCUGGUAACAUCCUUUGUCAGAAUUGUGUAAUGAAAGAUUGGCAGACCCUAAUGUUUACUUCAUCCUGCAGUGUUUGAUCACAAGGCACAAAGCAGCCAUUCUGGAUCAGCCACUUAAAAAAGAAGCCCAGUGGGUGUUGCCAAGAGCUGGUCUGUCAUGAGUUAAAGAUUCAUUUUUCUGCAAGCACUUAUUGUGCAAGACAUGCCCAUGCCUUAUACAACGACCAAUUGCUGUGUCAUUUAUUUGUAUUUUUGAACGUAAGGUUAGUGUGCUACAUUAGGACUUUGAUGUAUACACUAGAUUAGUGUCUACAGGCCACACGGAGGGCGAUCCUACCAGUGCUAUCUUCAAUGCCCACCUUAGUUUCAACAAGAUGCCAGACCUACAAGCCAGAGUUGCAGAACAGUAGCCCUCUGGAUGUUCUUGGAUUCCAGCUCCCAUUAGCCCCAGCCAGCAUUCCUAACCCCCCCCCCCCCACUGCACAAUGCUUAGAGCACUCAAUGGUUAUAGGCCACCUUAUUGUUUUACUUAUUUAUAAUGAUUAAUUACUCAACCUAUUUUGUUCUAGACAAUGGAGAGCCUUAAUGGGGGUAAGCUUUUCCCCACCUCCUACUUAAUGGACUUAGGCGGCUGCAUUAACACUUUGCGCUACUGUGCAGGCUGGUCGGACAAAAUCCAAGGACGGACCAUCCCAAUGGGUGAGUCAUUCUGAGAAAAAGUUUCUGAGCAGAGAGCUGAUUUGGAUGAGAUGUUCAGGAACAUUUUUCAGCUACAUGAAUGUGUCAUCUGAGAAAAGUGUAACCUUAAAAAUCUGUUAUAUAAGUGCAGAGCUGUGGUGGGUAAAGUUUUAUCAGCCAAUAUUGCCUCUUUUUUAAAAAAAAACCACCAUCACCACCAAAAAAACAUUAUUGACAUAUUUUGUAUUACUUAGCUCCAUAAUGCUUUUUAGUGAAGUUCCUACAGCUGCAGCAAAUGGCAGAGUCCUGACAGAAAUAAUUUUUUAAAAGAGGUCAGCAGGUCUUAGUCAUCACCCUUCUUCCAUCCCUAGGUGAUGUUUAGGAGUAGCCAAUUCUUAUAUCAUGUUUGUAUAUGAUCCUUAUAUUAGGAUUUCUGCUGCACGGUGGUCCUGCUAACAGGAAAUGUCACCAUUGAUUCCAUCCAUCCCACUUGAUUCAGAUAUUACAGCUGGUUAAUUGGACAUCUGGGCUAAUUUAAAUGCUUCACUGCCCUCCUGACUAGCUGCCAAUUGGUUAGUUUGUUCUCCUCCUUUCCCCAUCUAUCUGUUUUUUCCUUGUGAGCAGCAACUUUAACUCCCUGCCAUGGCAAUUUUGUUAUGUUUGUGUUGUUAAAAUUAUCAAAGUGGGAGGAAACUCUGCAGCUAUGGCAAAAUACAAGAGCUGAAAGAUCUCUCUUCUACAUGAUUGCUUAUAGAAUUGGAGCAUUCAUUCUGCCCUCCAACCUUAUGUGUUUGGUCGAAUCUAGAUAUGUUUACCUUUUCUUUUGAUAGUAUCAUAUUAUAAUAGUAUGGAACAAUGCUGAAUAAUGUGAGACAUUUUCUUUUCCUUAGCUAUGCUUGCAUCUUACCCAUGUGUUCUUAUCUUACUUAGAUGGAAACUAUUUCACAUUUACAAGACAUGAGCCUGUUGGAGUAUGUGGACAAAUUAUUCCUGUAAGUUAGAUCCAUUGAUAUAAUGGAGAAAAUGGGUUGCAUCCAACAUUGACCUUGCAAAAGCAGAAGUCUUUCUGUUUGUCUAGCAGAGGCUUCUGCUAAUGGAAAAGGUGGGGUGAUGUUGUCUAUUUCCCCUCCUCCCUGCAGAAUAGACCACCUUCCAUGCCCUUUUUGAAGGUCCCCAACCCUCUGGAGCAGAUUUUAAGGGCAUAGUGGAGAGGAAGAAUUGCCAAAAAAAGCUACUGUUACUUACCUUAGUAGAAGCCUCUACUAAAUCAAAUGUUUGUCUACAAACAAAAUGACUCCUUCCAUUCACAGAAGGGCAUUUUGGAAGCAACCGUGUGUCUUUUAUUUAAGUAGCAUUAUGCUGAACUUUUAAGUGGCAUUAUGUUGAUUCUUUUAAAAAUAGCAUAACUUUCCCCCCACUUCUGCAGACGUGGAUAAAACUUCCAGGUACGACAGCCCCUUCAGAGUAGAUAAAGCCUGCCUACUAAAUUGCUAACAAAUAGGUCCAGGGGCUUUUGUUCUCUGAAAUAUGCUUUCUCCAAAAAAUAAUCCUUCUCUAACUUUUUUUGUGGGGAGCUGAAUUUGAUUAAAUUUCAAAGCAUGGUUGCUCCUUCUGAAUUCUGCCAAAUUUCAGAAUGAUGGAGGGUAAAAUAGAAAUCAUUAAACAUCCCUUAAUGUUUUGUGAGCAAUCAGUCUGAAAACUGUGGACAUCAGCCAAAUUGCAAACAAGAAGGUCUGCAAAGAAUCUUGAGAACUGCAGUUUAUCCCCAGAAACCCAAAGCAUUCUGGGAACUGUAGUUUCCCUUUCACAAAGCUACAAUUCUGGCACUCUUAACAAACAGUACUUCCCAUCAUUUUUUGGGAGGGGCAGAGCCAUGGUGUGGAUGUUAUCUAAGUUUCCCAUGUGUUGAUGAGCAGAGCGCAUGUGUCAUUGUCACAUCCUGGAUGCUGCCUUCUCUUGGUUAGAUAGACAGGCCGCUCGCAAUCAUAAAGACCUUACACACUGAUUGCAGCUCAGCAACUAACUGUGCUGUAAUAUGAUUGGGACCCCAAAAGGAGCUGUUUUGUUGUGACCAUCAAAGCAACCUGCAAUGUCCUGCUUCAGUUCCUGCAAGAGGUCCAUUUCACAAAGGGAAUCGGGGAGGGAGCUGUUUAUCAGUUCAAUUAACACACUUCCAGUUCAGAAGUUGUUUCAGGGUUUGGAAAGAAUGAGUUUAUCUUCCAUGAACUGGAAGGGUGGGUCUGCUUAGCAGAUGUCAUAACCAAAGCCCAGGAGGUAUUCUCAGGGAUGCAAAGAUAGUGUCAUCCUAGGCCACUGCCACACAGAGAAUGGGGAGCCUUCUGUGCAGAUCUCACAGGCCGCAGUGGUUCUGUCAUCAGGGUCAGUCCAUGAGAUAAGCCCCGAGCCAGCACACUGAAAAGACAAAGGGUCCACUUGGGCUCACUUUAACCAAAUCCUCAAGCCAAUAUUGACUUUUCAUCGCUUAUUGAAUCUGAAAAUGCACAAGACCCACAGAGCAUUAGGGAGCAUAAAGGAUGUGAAGAGAAUAUGAAGGAUAGGAGAAUGUGAUGCUGUGAUUUGUUGGUCAUCUGUUCUUGUGCUGCCUUUUCAGUGGAACUUCCCACUGGUUAUGUUUGUCUGGAAGAUUGCCCCUGCUCUUUGUUGCGGAAACACCGUGGUCGUCAAGCCGGCAGAGCAAACUCCACUAACGGCUCUUCACAUGGGGUCUUUAAUUAAAGAGGUGAGUUGCCAUAGCAAAGCUGCCAUGUGCAUGUUCCCAAAUGUGAAUGUGAGUGAGCCCUUACCUUCACAGUGCUUCUGAACAGUGAGGGCUGUUCUGUUUUGUGUCAGUGCAGCUUGCAGCAUGUCUAACCUUGUCUUGGGGAAUUGUAAUGCACUGCAAACCACUGAAGCAAGUCAAGGGCAUGAAGCCUCACAUAGCUUUCCAGUCUAAAUUGCUCAGAAAACAAAUCAUUAGCAGCUUAGCAAACUGAACAUCUUGGCAAUCAUCAGGGCCUUCUGGAAGCAAAAGCAAACAAGAGCUCAGAAAAGCAGAAUGUUGGUCUGGAGGGUGGGGGCGGGGGAGGUGGUUUUUCAUGCAAGUAUCUCAGUAAUGAAACUCUUGUCUGUAAUUUGAUAUAUUAAUUUAACUUUGUGACUGAAAUAUUUACCCUACCAAGCACAAAACUGACAAGCAUCAUGUUUGGUGUGCCCAGGAUAAAUGCACACCUUAUAGGGCUGUAAUGCAAAAUGUCUUUGCUUAGAAGCAACUCUCCUUCAGAUCAGUAGGAUGUAGGCUAGAUGUACCAAUGCAGCCAAAUGAGAUGGUAACGUAGGGAUACAUAGAUCUGCUGGUUUUCUUCUUGCAGGGAAGGAAUAGUUUUUGUUUUAGUGCAGAAGCAUUGAACAACUGGAUAUGCCACCUGCAAUCCAAAGUUCAACAGCCCACUUUCUAACCUUGGUACACUCUCCCACUCCAUUCUGCUGCAUGUAGAAAUCAGGCUGCAUUAAGGACUCAUCUUGUCCCAUGCCUGGAAAGCACACAUCUGAGCAGUUUUCCACUUGGCCCAUGCCUCCUAGGCACAGAUCAGAGAAGUUUCCCCCUUGCCCAACAACUCUCCCAUGGAAAACUGGCUCUUUGGUGCUAAAUUGGAGCAAAUGUCAAUCCAGAGAAAACGUGAAUUGCUGUUUGCACCGAUUGAGCACUAAGGAGCGGUUUUCCCUGCAGGAAAGCCGUGAAACAAGAGGAAGUGUGGAUAAGCCCUAAGUUUCUAGAAAACAUAGUUUGAACUGGUGUAUGAAAGUAACAGGUACAAUCAUUUUUAAGCAUUCUGUUGGAUUCUUCAGCACAAUGGUAUUUGCUAUGCAACCUGGAGUGAAGAAUAAUCUUAUGUGGUUCCUGAGCAGAAAAAUAAGCUAAGAAUACUCCCAGCAUGGAGAGGUAACUGGAGGAGCUAAGGCUAAGGUUGUUGUCUUUACCAUGCUUACUCAAAGGCAAGUCCUGUUGAGGUCAAUGGAGCUUACUCAUGUAGGAGGUUAGGUUUGCAACUAAAAUCUUUUCCCUGUUCCCUUUUGUGCAAAAGUGAGGUUAGGUUUGUACAAAAGUGAGGUUAGGUUUGCAACUAAAAUCUUUUCCCUGUCCCCUUUUGUACAAAAGGAAAAUAAACUGAAGAUAAUUGUGGUCAUGGCAAGUGUUGCUAAUAAGUAACCAACCAAAGAACUAACAAAAGUGAUUCAGCAUAUCUUGUUCUUGCCACGGCAACAGUGACUCAGCAAAAGUGAGCAAACAGUGAAAUGCCACUUGCAAUUAAAUGGUUAUGGGUUAACAAGUAACUCUGCCUGCAACAGGUGACUCACACUGAAAACCACCAUUUGGAAUUCACAUUUAUUUUAUUUUUUGGUAUUCACUAGCAUUUCUCUUCUCCACUUUUCAUAAAGCAAUGAGAGUCUGCUCAAAAGUCAUAGAUUGUCAAUAAAUGACCAACAUUAAGGACCAACAUUCUAAUUUUAAGGGUAACGAUCAUGUUAUGGAUAUUAACCGAUUUUUAAACAGAUGGAGCCCUUCUGCUGAAUGAAGCCUGAACAUAAAACAAUGCAGCCUUCCAGGGUGGGGCAAGAUGAAGGGGAAGGGGAAAGGAAGUGAUUCUGUAGUAGACAGAGAAUUUUCUUCCAGCUGAAUAGGUUUAGUUUUGCAGCCACCAAAACGGAAUAACCAUGGAAAGGAAGAGAGGCCUGGAGUGUUUUCUGUCCUCUUACCUCACUGGCUGCUGAUAGGACAGAGUCUGAGAUCAUGGUUCUAGUUAUUUUCUAAUGCCAGUCUUGGAUUAGUGGUCUAGGCUUCAGAUCCUUACACACAGUCCCAGGGUUUAAACUAAACCUGUUGAAUGUUAAACUAAACCUGUUGAAGGACACUGACAAACUGGAACGUGUCCAGAGGAGGGCAACCAAAAUGGUCAAAGGCCUGGAAACGAUGCCUUAUGAGGAACGGCUAAGAGAGCUGGGCAUGUUUAGCCUGGAGAAGAGGAGGUUAAGGGGUGAUAUGAUAGCCAUGUUCAAAUAUAUAAAAGGAUGUCACAUAGAGGAGGGAGAAAGGUUGUUUUCUGCUGCUCCAGAGAAGCGGACACGGAGCAAUGGAUCCAAACUACAAGAAAGAAGAUUCCACCUAAACAUUAGGAAGAACUUCCUGACAGUAAGAGCUGUUCGACAGUGGAAUUUGCUGCCAAGGAGUGUGGUGGAGUCUCCUUCUUUGGAGGUCUUUAAGCAGAGGCUUGACAACCAUAUGUCAGGAGUGCUCUGAUGGUGUUUCCUGCUUGGCAGGGGGUUGGACUCGAUGGCCCUUGUGGUCUCUUCCAACUCUAUGAUUCUAUGAUUCUAUUCUAUGAAUAAUAUUGAGUGCCUCCAGUUUAACUUGUUUGUGAGUCAAUGAUCCAUGAUCUGGAAAGUUCCAGAAAAGUUCUGACUUGAUGCUAGCAGAAGGUUCACCAACUACCUUUGAACUUGAGCCCCCUUCAAAGCUUAUUGUACUUUUUAAGUCCCCAGCCCAUUCGUGGUCAACUCUCCAAGAAGCAAGGGAACAAAAUCCUUCUACAGUAUGCAGCUGUGCAUGUGUGUGUAUGUAAGACUUGGAGAGCACCCGGACCAGGACAUGACAGAUCACAGGACCUCUGAUUCACAAGCCAGUCAAACCACAUAGUUUAAAACCUAUGCACUCACUCAGCUUAAAAGACAAUACUAGUACAACCGAUUUUUCGUUUGGGCUGUAUUCAGUGGCAUGAAAACAAAGACUAUCAGGUACUAGUGGCAUGUUCUAGGCCAGAAAAAAGCCUCACAUUUUAAAAUAAAUAUGCCCUUUUCAUCACAGACUAUAUGCUGAGAAGGCAACAGGUUGCUUUAUAAGGCAAUCUGUCAAAUAUUUUUUCUUCACAACAGAGCCUCUUUCAAGCCCAAUGCAUUUGCUAAAAUUAAUUGCAGCAGCACAGAAUCCACUUUGGCAUGGCUCUGGCCCUCGCGACACCCACAGCUUGUAACUUCAGUUCAAACAGGAAAUCUGGUGCGCAGGAAAUGGUUGCUUCCAAGGUGGCCUCUCCUUCCCAGUGAUGCAAAUGGAGGUAAUAAUUGCCAGCCCUUGUGGUUCCUAGAUAUGGAUCUUUACUAGGACACUUAGGGAUCUGGCUGCAUGGAAGAGGCACUUUUGCCACAACUGUUAUGUGUGAAUCAGACCUUUGACUAAUUAAUCAGGCUUUGAUUGCACUGUGUUCCCAUCAGGAACAGUUUGCCACCUAACAAUAAGGAUACUGAAGUGAAUGUUUCAUGCAUACUUUUAGAGUCACAGGGGAAUGUGAAAUAAAGCACAUCCAUGCUAAACAGCCAGCAUGAGGUCAUGGCUAGAGGGCUGGAGUUAAGAGUGGGGAGACCCAGAAUCAAAUCCCUGCUCAGCCACAAAACUUGCUAUUUGACUUUGCCCCAGUCCCCACCCCACAGGGUUGUGUUGCAAAAGAGAGCUAUUAGCCUUCUAGGAAGAAAAGAUAAUGCAUCUCAAGAAGGAACUUCAACUGCUUUUGUUGGUAUAACACAACAAGCCUAAAACCUCUAAUUAGUCGGCCACCUUAGCCGGAGCAACGACAGAGCUUCUUCUCAUGCUGGAAGGGAGGUGGCGUCUUCUGCAAGUACAGUGCUACCUCGGGUUAAGUACUUGAUUCAUUCCAGAGGUCCGUUCUUAACCUGAAACUGUUCUUAACCUGAAGCCCCACUUUAGCUAAUGGGGUCUCCCGCUGCCGCCACACUGCCGCCACGCGAUUUCUGUUCUCAUCCUGAAGCAAAGUUCUUAACCCAAGGUACUACUUCUGGGUUAGCGGAGCCUGUAACCUGAAGCGUCUGUAACCUGAAGUGUAUGUAACCUGAGGUACCACUGUAUUAGCUUUUCACUCACCACAAUAGUGUUGCAUGCAUUUUACCACAAGUUUUUGUGAAGGUUGGGGGUUGGGGGAGAGAGAAGUAUGCCCUCUUUCUUUGAGUUUCUUUGAGAACGGAUGGGAUGAAAUAUCGUAAAUAACACAGGUGCAGUAACUGUAUGGCUGAGAGGUACAACUGUGUUCUUUCUCCUCUGAUAUUCAGGCAGGAUUUCCACCUGGAGUAGUGAAUAUUGUGCCAGGGUAUGGACCCACGGCCGGCGCAGCCAUUUCCAGUCACAUGGACAUAGAUAAAGUGGCCUUCACCGGCUCUACCGAGGUAUUUGCCUAACCCUGUGAUUAAAUGACACCACAAAAGUCCUCCACGCACCCACACAGACUCUGACAAGUGAUUUAAUGCCUAGGCUGUGUAAUUAUGUUAACCUUUUUUGACUGUGAGCUUCCUAAACAAUGUCGCAGAAAUGAUUUGUUGCUUGUUAUACUCUACCUCAAACACAUCUACAUAGUGUUUGAACUGAAAGAAUAUCUCUUCAAGCAAAAGAAUUUUUGGAUAUAAAAUUGAUUCUUUAAAGCUGAGGAGAGGGUGUAGUUUGGAUUUUGGCAUAGUCUUUUGUUUCCCCCCUCAAAUUUCAGUUUAAAAAUAAAAAUACACAUUUUUAUUUUUAUUUCAUCUCUCUUUUUUAUACAGAAAGUUGCAUUCUACAAAAAUAGGUAGCUUAUCUCCCUCAUUGUGAGCAUGCUUCAUAUUUUAGAAAGGACUACUUUUAAUGAAGAAUAGUGUGGAGGGGGACCAAGACAUUUUUCACUGUGUGGGGUAUUUGACAAAAAUGCAUCUGUACACUUUGGCCACAUUUUAGUCCCCAAAAGUUGAUAUAAGCAACUGUUAAGCUCCACUCCGGACACUUUCCUUGAUGUAGUUAAUUAAUAUUCUUAGACUGAAGCUGCUAUAGAAUUGGCUGUGCCCCAUCUGCACUGCACAUUUAAAGCAAUAUCAUACCACUUUAAACAGUCAUGGGUUCUGGGAACUGUUGGUUUGUUAAGGGUGCUGAGAGUUGUUAGGAGGCCACUUUUCCCCUCACAGAGCUAACCUUCUCGGAGUGGUUUCACAAUCCAGGCUUCUUCCCCGGGAACUCACUCCCCCCUUCACUUACACACACUUUGGGCUGGUGAGAGAAAGGUGUAUAGCUGACCUCAUAGGCCACCCAACCCCUUCACUUCACACACUCCACACAGCCUGGCCAGUCUGGGUGGCAGGACUCCCAUUGACUUUCCAGGAGCCAUCAUUUGAACCCCAAGGAUUAUUGAUAUAUUGUGUGAGAAGUCCACCAAAGCUUGCAGAACACAGAUAUUUUGUAAUACAUCCCAUUAGUAGAGCACUGUUAAUCAUAGGAAUCUGCAUUGUUCCAGGUCAGGCUGUUUGUCCAUUGGGCCUGGUAUUGCCUGACUAGUAGCGUCUCCUAGACAGAGAAAAGUUCUCCACUCUGCAUAUCACAGUUACUGUAUUUUUAACUAGAGGUGCAUUUUGCAUGCACCACAUGUGCCCAACCACUGAGCCGGAGGUCUGUUUUCCACUCUCAAAUUGACAAGAGAGGUCAGCCUGAACCUCUUGCAAAGCAAUGACCACAGUCUAAAUAUGGGGUUACACACAACAGUUUCAAGUUGUGUCUUCUCUUUUAGGUUGGCAAGAUGAUCAAAGAAGCUGCUGGGAAGAGCAACCUGAAAAGAGUCACUUUGGAACUUGGCGGGAAAAGUCCCAAUAUCAUAUUUGCAGAUGCUGAUUGUGAGUGACAUGCUUCUCUUAGAUUUCUUGUCUUCAAAGCUGUCCCCUUCCACUGUGUUGCAAAGCUUUUUAAUGUUAGUUUGGGGAGGUGUCUAAGCAAGUGAAAACCCAGAUUGUUAGAUUACGUUGCAAGGACUGCUGUUUUUGAUUUACAGUAUUGACUGAGAUGCUCAAUGUUGGCCUCUUCUGUGUCUCUUUCUUCGCAGUGGACAGUGCUGUGGAAUUUGCACACAUUGGCCUGUUUUACCAUCAGGGACAAUGCUGCAUAGCUGGGUCUAGAAUUUUUGUGGAAGAGCCAAUAUAUGAUGAGUUUGUACGUAGGAGUGUUGAGAGGGCUAAGAAAAAUGUACUUGGAAACCCACUGGCUCCGGGAGUAAAUCAAGGUCCUCAGGUAAGGAACGGUGUUUUGUGUCAGGGUUAUCACCUGGGUCAGUGUUGUCAGCCACAGGUGGACUCAAAAUGCAGGCAUCCUGGGAGAUGGCAUGGAGUAUUUCUUCUUAUGCCACUGCAAGUCUGCAGAAAACCACAAACCCUUCUGAGCCAAAGUAGCUUUACAGGAUCUUUGCGACCCCUUCUUCACUGCAUUGGCUCCUGCCCUUUUCUGACCCUAUAUAAGUUGUCUUUCCUGUCUACAAACUUUGUGCAUCAAAUCAAAGCUGUGUGCUUUCUUGACUCCCACUUUAACCAUUCCCUGACUCUCUUGAUUUCUGGUCAAGGCAAGCUUCCUCUCCCUGUUUUCCCCUGCACACCUGUCCGGGCUGCCUUUAAGGAACUGAUUUCAACCUCCUUUUUAACCAACAAUUCUGCCAUGCCCUUCAGUCAGUCCAACCCUGCAGGGGGGGCCCUGAACAUCACCCCAAUGUAUGACACUUUGGCAAACAGGUUCAAAUACUUUGGCAUCUGUCAUUAGGAAUGAGGCUUGCCUUGUUUAUUAGACAUCUGGGUAUUUAUUUUAAAAUGCAUUUCUGACUCUGAUUUUGCUCAUGGAUGGACAGUCCUCUUCCUACAAAACAGACAUAUUUAAUACAAAUAAUACUAGCCUACUGCUUGUGGUGAAACUAGGAGCUUCAGAUUAACAUGGAACUAUUUAUUAAGAAACUUUCACAGAUCUUUGGAGAGUGGGACUAAAUUUCAUAAACUGCAUUUAGCAUUCAAAUGCUUAAGUGGGCAAUAUGACUUUGAGGCUUUGGGCAGCAGGAAGUGUUGAUGUACAAAACCUUGGCCUAUCCCAUCUGAAUCUAUAGGAUGCGAAACUGCUGUAAAUAUAGUGCAAACGUUAGCCCUGUUCAAGCCAUACACAUGUGUUAGCUGAAGGAGCAGAGUCCCAUCAUCAUUGUCUCCAGCCUACAGCUGAAUGUUCAAUGUGCUUUCUGGCAAGAAAACCUUUUGUAUUUCUACACAGUUCAAAAUCACAUGGAACCCCUAAGCAUGAGCAACUGCUCGUGUGACAUGUUCCCUUUACAAACAUCUACACUAAACACACAGUCUGGGGGUGUUACGGAAACAGGGAUGCAACACUGGGUCGGGGCAGAAGUGUGUGGCUGCUCCUGCUGCCAAUUAUAAGUACAAUAUGGUGUUUGCAUUCUCAUGAAGGUAUCCAGUCACAAGAAGGGUUGCAAAGACUCUCCCCACAAUCUGGGUCAUCAGUGUUGUGGGUGGUUUUCAAGCAUUCUACACUAGCCUUAUUUCAAAGAUUUUCAUCCAUCUCCAUCUCAUAGCCAUGACAUUGGAAUCAGUUCUUAGGUGUUCUGAAACACAGCCCAAACCCAACACCUACAUUUGGAAACAUCCAUUAUUAUUAUUAUUAUUAUUAUUAUUAUUAUUUAUUGAAUUUAUAUACCGUCCUAUGCCUGGAGAUCUUCUUUAACCCUCAUGUGGGAUAUGUCAAGGAUCUAAGACUCUGCACUAAAAAUCCCAAGUCCAUAAUUCUACUUUUCCUUUGGUGCAGAAAAUGCCGGAAAUGAAGAUAUAGUACAAAUUAAGCAGUAGGGUUUCCUCUCUAAUCGGCUUAUAAUCGGUUUUACUGACUAGCUUUUGCUAACUACUGCAUGUAAUUGCAGUCUUGAAAUCAGUUCUGAAUUCACUUCUGAAAAGUCAUUGGUUUGAAAAUGCCAUCCAAAAAUAUUUUUUAACAGAAAUUGGAUAAGGCAAAAGGAGAAGUUAAAUACUUGAAUGUAAAACUGAGCAGAGAGAGUUUAUGAAAGUCCGUGGUUCACAGGAGUGCCAAGACUGUGUAAGCAGUGCUGCUUUAAAAAAGAAAAAUUCUUUUGUGCUUAAAGUCCUAAUUACUGAACUUCAUGGGGAAAGGUGGCAGGGAUCCAACCACUCAGAGGCAACUUGUUGCUCCAUCUCUUGCUGGUAAAGAGUUUUUGUUUCUGCUUUGUUAAUCUUAAGGCCAAAGAAAUAUCUGGGAGAGUGACUUAUCAGUGCAAUAUUUCUUAUUUAGAUUGAUAAGGAGCAGUAUGAUAGAAUCCUCGCACUAAUUGAGAGUGGGAAGAAAGAAGGAGCCAAACUGGAAUGUGGAGGAGGCCCCUGGGGAGACAAAGGCUACUUCAUCCAGCCUACAGUUUUCUCAAAUGUUACAGAUGAGAUGCGCAUUGCUAAAGAGGAGGUAAGCAGAUUCAGAACAUUCUGCAUGUUGGACUACAUUCUAUGUUUCAAUUGUCAUGCAAGAUGUGCCUUUUAAAAAUCAAGCAUGUAGAAGAUUAGUUUUCACUCCUUUCCCACCCAGCCCCAAUCUAGGCUGUGUAAAACUAUGUUUUUACAGCUAUGUGCGUUAAUUUGGGUCAACUAAAUAGAACAGGUCAGCAGGAAUUAAUACUUUCAGAUGUUUUUGGCAAUCAUCAAAUACAUCCAGAUUUCCAAAGAAGCUGAAGGGCAGCUACAGUUGUGAAACUCUUCCUCCCAGCAUUCUCUGCCAAGGCCCAUGCCCCAAUAAGAGGCCCACACCUUGUCUCUGGAGACUCCUGUCCCUGCUGCUGCUGCUGCUGCUGCUCCUUACUGUAGUGCCCAUUAGCCUCAGCAAGGAAGAGGUCAGAGGAGCCAUGACAAAGAGCAGUAGCUUCCACAUCUCUUAUUCCUUCCCUCUGGGAGGUGAUGUCAUACCCUCCAACAUGAAAAUAGGGACGUCCUAAGGAAAAGCAGGACAUUCCGGGAUCAAAUCAGAAACUGGGAUGGCAAAUCUAAAUCAGGGACAUCCUUGGAAAAUAGGGACAUUUGGAGGGUCUGCAUCUGAUGUAGAUUAGGAGAGAAAAUCAAAUUGGCAGCAUCAACAGCGGGGAGGGGGAGAAGUGGCCUCCUCUGAAAUGAGGGCCCCCACUGAGACAGCCUUGGCCAAGCCCCCUCCCACUGCAAAAAGCCAUGGAUCUGACACAGGCAUACCCCUCCUCCUGCAUCUAUUGCUGACACACAUCGGGAUGCAUAUUCCCCAUAAUGAUGCUCAUCUGAGUCUCACUGAACUGGCAAAAUGCAUCUUUUGAGGCGAUGGAGAAGGCACAUCCAGUGGCUAUAUGUGACUAGCUGCUCAUGUCCAUAACUCAUGUCCUGAAACAAAGAGGGAAACUGAAGUCAAGCAGCAAGGAAAUGCAAGUCAGGGCUUGACAAUCCUGGUGAGGCCAUCCUCCUAAUUUUUCCUGCAAGCAAAUUCUAAGAUGGUUGUGGAUUUGUGCUUUUGAAAAGAAAAACAGUUAGACCUGGAGUACUGUAUACUGAUUUGUACAAACAGUGACAUUUAUUGUUUAAAUAUAUUCUGGCAAUAUAUGGAAAUGGCUCCGUUGGCUCCAAAAAUUGUUGUAACAAUUGAAAUAAAAUUAAAGUGAGUAGCUGGCAUUCAGCUAAAUUUUACUCAGAGCAGACCCACUGAAAUUAAUGGGCCUAACAUAGUCACAUUCAUUCAUUUUGAAGAGUUGUCUCUGAGUACAACUUACUUGAAUACCAGCCAGUAUUUGCAUGUCACGAGCUCAGCACCUUUUACUGAGUAUAGGAUGGUGCUGCAUGACUGCAAUCCUGCAGUACUAGUACUAAGCACCAGAUGAGCACAGUCGGACUCACUUCUGAGUAAACUUGCAUGGGAUUGUCCUGUGGUUUCAGCUUCUGUGCAAAUAAAGGUUUUAUGCAGAGGGUCUGAGGGCAGAGAAAAACGAGGCCUGGUUUAACACAACCUUCACCAGCCUAGCACCCUCUGUGUAGUUGGACUUCAGCUCCUAUCUGCUGCAGCCAACACUGAAGCUGAUAGGAGUUGUAGUCCCAAACAUCCUGAGAGUGCCUGGUUGGUGGGAGGCUGGUUUCCAGCUGUAUUGUCUUUACCAAAGACAUUGAUAAAUGUGGCAGUUUAUAAAACUAUGACUGAGAGAGAAAGUAUAGAUUUUGGAAGUCAUAGUAAGCACCUUACAAAGGAACCAGACCAGAAGGUGUCUUAACCUGAAGAACUUAUGCAUCAACUGCCUUUGAUGCAUAAGCUCAACUACCUUAUGCAGAAGAAGAAUUGCCCAUAGUGUGUGCAUGGAUCCCAGUGUUACCUCUGCUAAGCAAGCUUUGCAUGUUUUGUAUUGUUUCAAAGGACUUCAAAACCUGGUUGACCAGUGAUCAAAGUGUGACAAUAGAAAGUGUGAGAAGUGAGCUUUCUUCCAGACUAUCACCUUUCUUUAAAAGCAGUUGCCUGUCUCAAUGCCCUCAGAUGUGAAAACUAGAAAUAUAACCUCCGGAGAUAUUGAGGGUGCCUUGUGAUCUUUAUUGUUGCUUCUGGCUGCUCUCUCUCUGCGUCUGCAUGUGUGUGUGUAUUUCUAGCCACCCUUCACGCAAACAACUCCAGUCAGUCCUCAUAACAAUCCUGUGAGAUAGUUUAGGCAAGGGGUACCAUAUGCCUAGCAAAAUUAGCAUGGGGGGGGGAUUUCAAAAAAUCUGCAAAUGCCUGGGGUUUUGCCAACAUAACCAGAAAGUGUGUGUUUGAGUAUAACUCUUUGCCUUUUGUGGGCGGCAAGUUUUGUAUUCUUGAAAUAUGGCAACCCUAGUUGAGGCUGAGAUAGUGACAGGCCCAAUAUCACUUCUGUGGCGGAGUGGAGAGUUGAACCCAGGUCUCUCUGAUCCUGGUUUGCACCACACUGACCUCUUUCCCAGGAAAGGUUUGAGCCAGCCUGGCACGCCUUACAUUCUGAUUUAGGAAAAAAGCUGCCUUUUCUUGAAUUCAGUGAAUAAACAAAAAGUUCAUGUGGGAAUUUCUCUCCACACAAACUCUAAAAACAAAAAUAUUGUACUUUUUCAUCGGGAUGAAAAUGAUGAGGGUCACAAAUGGUUCAAUAUUUAUAUAAAAUGGUGAGUCUAGUGGAAAUGUGUUCUUGUAACAAUAGUUCGAACAAACAAAAUGAAUGAAAAUAUUUUUUAAACUUUGUUUUCUUACUUAUGCAGAAACUUGUAGAUAAGCAAAUCUCCAAUAAACAUUUAUGAGAUGAAAACACAAAUGUGUUCUUAAUUUUUAAAUAGAAGCACACAAUAAGGAGUUUAAUAACAAUUUACUUGCACACUCAUCACAAGGAUGUGUUUAGACAAGAUGCUUUAAAAUCCAAGUAUAAAUGUGAAGUCCCCCCUCCCAAAAAAUGACCCAGACUAAUGAAGAAAUGGAGCAGACUUAUUAGAGUGUGAAAAUGUGUGAAAGUGACAUAAAGUAUAAAUAGAAUUCUCCAUCCCCAGUUCAACUAUUCCUUUCCCACCCCACUCCUCCUUCUAUAUGCAGGCAUUGUGAAAGAAGUUUCAGGUUUGCAGGUUUCUUUCUCCACUGUGUAAAUCAUAGUAUCAGAGAGAGCAUGGUCGGUUAUUUCACAGAACCACAGAAUUGUAGAAUUGCAGGAAACUGAGAGCUGGAGCUCCCCCAACAGAUGGCUGUCUGGCCUCAGCUUGAAAAUCUCCAGUAAAGGAAAGCACACAUGCACACACAAGGCAAUUGGUUUCAUUUUCAAACUGUUUUCACUGUUAGGCAAAUCUAUUAGCUAGAUUAAGCUAUCUCCCCUUUAAUCGAGGGGCAUCUUCACGAAGUCCUCCCGGACCUUCCCCUGUUUAAAUGUAUGUGUGUGUUUUCACCCUUGGCUAUUUUACACUUUCUAAGGAUUGAAACUAGGGAUGCGGGUGGCGCUGUGGGUUAAACCACAGAGCCUAGGGCUUGCUGAUCAGAAGGUCGGCGGUUCGAAUCCCCGCGAUGGGGUGAGCUCCUGUUGCUCGGUCCCUGCUCCUGCCAACCUAGCAGUUCAAAAGCACGUCAAAGUGCAAGUAGAUAAAUAGGUACUGCUCCAGCGGGAAGGUAAACGGCGUUUCCGUGCGCUGCUCUGGUUCGCCAGAAGCGGCUUAGUCAUGCUGGCCACAUUACCCGGAAGCUGUAUGCUGGCUCCUAUGGCCUAUAGAGCAAGAUCAGCGCACAACCCCAGAGUUGUCCGCGACUGGACCUAAUGGUCAGGGGUCCCUUUACCUUAAGGAUUGAAACAACCCAUGCUUAAUGAAGGGAAGGUCCAGUGUGAUCAUUGUGAUGGGGUGGGUGCUUUGUGGUUGCCUUUACAUCCUACAGCUGCAAAUCCACAUUUUGCUUCUGAGUAGACAAUCCUAAUCCCAUUUACCUGGGAGUCAGCCCCACUGAAUUCAAUAGUUCUGGGUAGACAGAAUUAUACAGCAAAUCAUCUUGCCCUGCAUCCUCAGGCAGCAGAGAACCGGUGUUAAACUUCUUCAGUGUGACAGACCUUUGGAUGUUUGAAGAAUGCUAUCAUUUCCUCUCUUAGUCUUCUCUCUGGGUUAAACACACUCAGCCCAAUAUUUAAUAUUUCUUUGGAGGACUUGUUUUCCAAACUGCUGAACAUCUUUCUGGUUCUCCUCUGAAGGCAAUAGCUAUAAUAGGAGAUCCUACAUUUAUUUGAAUCUGAAAUCUCCAUGAACCAUGCUAUAGAGAAUCUCUGUGUUCCAUUUAAUGGAGUUAUGAAGAUUAAUGUGAUAGGGAAGGAGCAGGCAGGUUGGUAAGUUUCAUAGGGAAAAUGUGGGUCUAAACUUAUAAAGUAACCACUGUGUCAAAGAGCACUGAUUUGAUCACUAAUGAGAAUAAUACUUUAAGACCUAUGUAAUAGGGAAAGUAUACUUUGCAAGAAAGUAUCUAUUGAUUUUUGCCAUGCUAAUUGUUGAUUGCUUCUUUUGAUUUCAAACAGAUUUUUGGGCCAGUUCAGCAAAUCAUGAAGUUCAAGACUGUUGAUGAAGUUAUAAAAAGAGCAAACAAUACUCAUUAUGGUCUAGCAGCUGGAGUGUUUACCAAAGACAUUAACAAAGCUCUGACAUUUGCAGCUGCUCUUCAGGCUGGAACAGUCUGGUAAGUACCCUUGGUGUUGUUAUUUUACCCAAAUUAACCUUACAUAGAAGACUUACAGCACAAUUUAAUGGGUAUUUGUGAUCUGAAGGCACACAGAGUACCUGAAGAGAGAAAAGCUGUGUAACCUCAAACCUGAAUAGCAUCUUUGAGACAUGAACCUAUUAAGUCUGCUACCUCUUCCUACAUCUUUAGACUGUAGUUUUAACAAAGAAUAUUUUUUGCUUCAGGGGUCAUACCCUUAUCAGAAUUGGCAUCACAUGCCACCCACCUGUCAAUCAUCUGACAUCCCAAUGACAUCAGAUGCAAGGUGCUUUGAGGUCCCAAAGUUGGUUAUUUCCUCCAUUUUAGCAAGAGAUUCCAGGCAAACGGCUUAGCUUUAGCAGCAGUUUCCGUGUAAAUGCCGUUCUGAAUCAAGAAGGGGUUUGCAUGGACUCCUGUGAAACUGAGCAAGGUUUAACCUCUGCUUAUCAGCUGAUGGAUCCUGCUCCAAUAACAGGCAUGUGCAGCCAACACAAAAUACAACCCUGCCCAUAGGAUGGCAUCAUGAGUUAGGCACAAUUUUGAAAAACAUUUCUCAAGGGAUGCAGUUCUACAGCUUCUGUGCCACUGCUAACUCACAUCACCAUCUGCCAUGCUGCAAAUGGUGGGAGCACAUGAGGUUGGGCCUUUGAGGAAGAUCUCAGCAAACAGGUAGGCACAAAUGGGAGCAGGUGUUCUUUAGGGUCUGAUGACGCAGACCAUUUAGUGCUUCAAAGGAUAAUACCAACAUUUUCAUUUUUGUGCAGGAACUGCCUGGGAACCAAUUAAGCUGGUGAAUCACCAAGACCAUUGCAUUUUCUGAAUAUUUUUCAAAGGCAUCCCCACCUACAGUCCAUUAGAGUAGUAGACUAAGGCAUGCAUCAUUGUGACAAGGCCAUUCUUCUUCAGGAAAGUGUGUAGCUGGUAAACCAGCUCAAGCUGACACACUGCAAAAAUUUAGAGGCAAACAACCCAAGGAAUCCUUAUCAGAGCAGGGAUUUAAGUCUGAAAGCUCACUAUCCAUACUAAUCACUGAACAACAUGCUCCUCCACAUGUUGACAGUACUGUAUUUCUGUAUUUUCUAUGAAUUGGGUUGAAUAAUUCGACAAUUUCUACUGUUAGGUAGCAGACAUACAGAAGAGCCUGCAGCAGUUCUGAAGGCAUAUUUGUAUUUUUGUGACAUGAGAGAAAUUCAUGUUUAUCCUGAUUUUUAAAGUAUGCACAUAGUGCAAGAUUCUGUAAAGAAACUCAGCUAGCUCUUAUGACCUAGCAGAAUUCCUGCCCAUGACUAAGUUGCUCCAUCUUCUCUUUUUCUUCAGGGUGAACUGCUAUAGUGCAGUGGCUGCUCAGGUUCCUUUCGGAGGAUUCAAAAUGUCAGGAAAUGGCCGAGAGCUGUAAGUAAAGUCAGUGGGGAUUUGUUUCAGAUACAAAUUUCAGAGAUUUUAUCUGAGCAAGUUCGUAUUUUAGCACAAAAUGUCACCACUACAACAUUCUUAUUUCCAGGAAGUCUGUCUUUGCUCUCCUGGCAUUUCCGCUGCUUUGGCUUAUAAGAACGAGUAACCAGUCAGGGAAGAUGGGAAAGGAACAUCACUGUGUAGAAACUGUGGGUUGUAUUAACUCAUCCUAUGAUGUGCUGUCCAUAUCAGUUACAGUUAGGAAGGAAAUAACCUGUGCUGUUUCUGUUUUGCAGUGGUUUCUUUUCCACCAAAUGCCAAGUUAUUCAUCUCACUGUUCACUAUUUAAUAUAGUUUACACAAUUAUUUAUCAAUUUAACAUAAUGAAUGAUGCAAUUACUUCCACACUAUUCAUUUCAACACAAUUUUAAAUGGGGGUGGGGGUGGGAACCAUAAUCAAUUAUAUAGAUUUUUGGGACUGAGAAACAACAGCAAAGACUGAUCAGUAUUUGCUGGAUUGAUUUCUAUUCUGGGCAUGGCGUGAAUAAGUGAACAUCAGUAGCUUUUGCUUCUGUUUUCAUUGGAAUUCUUCAACAUUGCUAAUUACAUUUUCUAUCCAGCAGUUUGCCCUGUUGGGUAUUGUAGUGGCAUUUGUUUUCCUGCUAGAAUGGACUGUUUUGUAAAACUGAAAUGAAAAAAUGUGAAUGUACAAUUCAUUUCAGUUUUACAAAACAGUCCAUUCUAGCAGGAAAACAAAUGCCACUAGAAUAUUGCCUGAAGCUACCCCAAACUUCCAUUUAAAGAUGUCAUAAAAUGGUAUUUGAUAGCACAGAUCCAUACAGAAUGCAAGCCUUUGUGCCUUCUUGGUGAGCAAAUAGCCUUUUUUGGCAAAGAAGCUGAUUUCUAUUCUGAAAUGUUAUCUAGCCCAGAUCAUGCAUUAGGCCUCAGAGGAAGGCAAUAAUUUCUGUAGAGUCAAUGGCUGGAUGCUGUUGUGUCUAAGAGAAUUUGGACACAGUCUCUAGAAAUACGCCCUUUGUCAGACUCUCUUGAAGCUUCAUGGAAAUGAAUAGAAAUUGUACCAGAAUGUUGGUCCUUUCACUUCCAUAAACAGGAAAUGCCUUCUGUCAGACUCGAUUGAAACACCCCCUUAUCAGUCAACCAAUUGACACUGCCAAGUUCUCAUUUGAAACCCCCUCAACCAACCAGUGUAAGCUGAAGGAGGCACAUGGUUUAACUUUCAAAAGUAGCUCAUUGACCGUAGUGUUCAAAUUCCACUCCUAGCCACUCAGUUGCCAAGCCAAAGCUUCCCAGGCUCUGUCUGUCAUCAUAAAAAAAAGGCUGUAACAGAGACUGACAUCUCUGGCUAUCCAAGCUUCCUGUAACAUCUGAUCAGAAUACACUGUCAGAUGAUAUUUGCAGCUCUUGGACAUUGAACAUGCUAGAUCACAGAUAUAUUAAAUACUGUUGCUAUUCUGAUGGUCUCUCUCUCUCUUUAAGUGGAGAAUAUGGCCUUCAUGAGUAUACAGAAGUCAAGACAGUCACCAUCAAGAUUCCACAGAAGAAUUCAUAAUGUCACUGCAGGGAACAGGAGGACUUGACCACAUCAGAUGCUAAUCAGACUUGCAAGGCCAGCUAUAGAGCAGAACAUUUUGUAGCAGAUGUUUUCAUGUAAUUUGGGUUUUCUUUCUAUCUGUAAAAACAAAUGUGUUUAGCAAUUAACAGUCAUUUAGAAAAUCUUAAAUCUGCUUAACUAAGAAAGGGAAAUCUUAAUGUCUGAAUCUAAUUAACAAGUUUUGAAUUUUGAUGAAAAAUCAAUUUUAAUUUCCCCCCGUAUUUGAAUAUAUUUGAAUAUAUCUGUAGUGCUAUGGGAAAUAAAAUUGUGAACAUAUCAUAUUUACACAAUUUGCUUUAGUGUGCUGUUAUAGAAUCAUAAGCUGUCACCUCUUUCUUUGUUAAGAGCUUGGCAAAAGUAUUUAAAUAUGGCUAUCUAAUAGAGACUUUGUAAUCAAGAGCAAAAAUCAUUAGCAAUCUUCUGGUACGUGUUGUAACUUUGAUUCUGUUCAUAAUAACUACUGUGCAGAGGCAUUUUGGAUGUAAACUUUUAAAAAUCUAUCCUUUUCUACUGUUAUUCAUUCAGUUGUCUGUUUCCAUUACAAACUAAAGCUGUAUCCUACACACACAAUCUAUGUACAAUUCCCUGGGAGUAACACCCAUCAAACACAAUGAGACUUAUUUGGCAGAGGUAUGUAAGGCAUUACACCAUAAGACGUUAUGCUUUAUCAUUAAGACAUUGAGAAUUUUUACAUGCAGAGUUUUGGAAACUAAACUACCGUAUUUUUCGCUCUAUAACACGCACCAGUCCAUAACACGCACAUAGUUUUUAGAGGAGGAAAAGAAGAAAAAAAAUAUUCUAAAUGAAAUGCAAAAAUCUUGAGGAUCCAUGUGGAUCCAUGCUUUGUAACCACGGAGGGAGGAAGGAAGGGGAACCAUGGAUCCUCUGCUCACGACUGCAGCAGAUCCCCCCCGUCACCCGCAGGCAUUCGCUCCAUAACACGCACAGACAUUUCCCCUUACUUUCUAGGAGGAAAAAAGUGAGUGUUAUGGUGCAAAAAAUACGGUAAUUCAGUUGGUAAUAAGACCUAUACUGAAUCAUAGAAUCAUAGAGUUGGAAGAGACCACAAGGGCCAUUGAGUCCAACCCCCUGCCAAGCAGGAAACACCAUCAGAGCACUCCUGACAUAUGGUUGUCAAGCCUCUGCUUAAAGACCUCCAAAGAAGGAGACUCCACCACACUCCUUGGCAGCAAAUUCCACUGUCGAACAGCUCUUACAGCUGUUCUUACUGCCCCAGCUACAAAUAUAUUUUAUAUAUUCCAUUUAUAUACAUUUAUCCAAAGAUCCCAGAGUGGUGUACAACAUUAAGAACAUAAUUUAUGCAGCAUAAUAAUAAACACAUAAUACACAGCAUAAUAAUAAAAUAAUCAUAAAAAUACUGCCCCACAUUUAACAGGCCAUAGAUUAUUUAAUGGCUGAAGGUAAAGAGGAAUGUUUUCGCCUGGCACUUAAAGACAUGUAAAGAUGGCACCAGCACCCACAGAUGAGGAGCCACCACAGAAAAGACUUGUUCUUGUGUUGUAACCGCUGGACCUCUCUGGGAUGGGGGACAUAAAGAAGAGCCUCAAAUGACAAGUGCAGGGUCUGGGUCGGUUUGAAUGGGGAAAGGUGGUCCUUAAGGCAUUUUAUAGGUCAGCAUCAGCACUUUCAAUUGGGACUGGAAACUAAUUGGCAGCCAGUGCAGUCGGGCCAACAUCAGGGAUAUACAGAAUGCUCAAACCAUCUCAUUUUGAUGAGCAACCUGGCUGUCAAAUUUUGCACCAGCUGAAGUUUUCUAACUGUCUUCAGAGGCAGCCCCACACACAACACCUUGCAGUGAUCCAACCUGGAGGUUACCAGAGCAUAGGCCACAGAAGUUAGGCAAAAAGCUGAUGGAAGGCACUCUCUGCCAUUGAGGCCACCUGAGUCUCAAGCAAUAGCAGAAAUUCCAGAAGUACCCCUAAGCUACGUAUCUGCUCCUUCAGAGAUAGUAACACCAUCAGCAGCAGGCAAUCUUCCAUCCAUCUGAUCUAGGGAACCACCCACUAACAGGGCCUCAGUCUUAUCUGGACUGAGCUUCAGUUUGUUGGCUCCCAUCCAGUCCAUUACUGGGACAAGACAUUGGUCCAGCACAUCCACUGCCAAAUCUAUAGAUGUAAAGGAAAAUUAGAGCUGUGUGUUCUCCGCAUAAAGCUGAAACCACACUCUAAAACUCUGGAUGACUUCACUCAGUGGCUUCAUGGAGGAUAGAAUUGAACCCGGAGAGACCCCACACUGAAGGCCCCAUGGUGCCGAAAAACACCCCAAGCAUUACCCACUGAAGAUGACCAUCCAGGUAGGACCAGAACCACUGCAUAGCCAUGCCACCCACCUCCAACUCUAAUAACCUUUCCAGGAGGACAUCGUGAUCAAAGGCAUUGAAAGCUGCUGAGAAGUCAAGGAGGAUUAACAGGGACACAUUGCCCCCCCCUCCCAACAGAGGUCAUCAUAUAAGGUGACCAAGGCAGUUUUUGUGCCAAAGUCAGGCCAAAACCCCAACUGAAAUGGAUCUAAAAAAUCAGUCUCCAAUAACUCUUGGAUCUGGUCAGUGACCACUCACUCAAGAACCUUACGUAAAAAAAAAAAAGGAGGUUGGCAACUGGCUGGUAGCUCUCAGAAUCUAGGGAUUGUUUCUUAAGCAGUGGUCUUUUCACUGCAUCCAUCAAACAAACAGGACCCCCCCCCAUAAAGAAGCACUGACCACCUGCCCAUCUCAGAAAGCGGUCUCUUCCCUGCUGGAUUUUAUCAGCCAAGAGGGGCAAGGGUCCAGAAUGCAGAUAGUUUCCCAAAGCAAUCCAAGUGUCUCUCAUGUCUUGCUACGAUGUUGUUUUUAAGAGGAUAUACGCUUGGUCUUCAUCACCCCUGUUAUACAGAAAAUUCCAAGUGGGUCUGAACCUUAAUGCUUAAAAUCCCUGAUGGAUUAUAAGGAUCCAGAGAUCAUGCUAAGGGUGGCCAAAUUUUGUGUGGCUGCCAUAAAACUCAGGGAACAAGCUGUGCAUUACAAAGACUAAGGCCUCCGGUGCAAACCCUAGAUAAUAUUUUAGAGACUAAGACCUAAACCACAUUCCUAAUGGCUGUCAUAUUCAUAUUGUUUAUUUUUAUAUUCUAUUGCAAAUUCUAACUUAAUUCUAUUGUGUUUCAUGUUUGUUUAGUACGGUAUGUGAAUCUGGUCUGGGACCGUAAUAAACUUCAUUUCAUUUCAUUUCAA